CGUGACCUGUAAAACAUGGCUGCUUCCAGCUCAGCCAGACAUGUGUGUUAGUAACAGGACACCAGGUGAUUAUACCCUCACUUUAUAUUAUAUAAUAGCAAUAAUAAUCAUCAAUAAUAUAAUAUUACAGCAUUUUAUUAUUAUUAUUAUUAUCCCCAGCUAUCACUGAGCAGGGACUAUAAUCACUGUCUGCACUGUAGCACAGUGACAGCUGUGGAUAAUAAUGUUAUUAUCCCCAGCUGUAACUGAGCAGGGAAUGUAAUCACUGUCUGAACUGUAGCACUAUUAUUAUUAUUAUUAUUAUUAUUAUUAUCAUUAUCAUCCCCAGCUGUAACUGAGCAGGAACUAUAAUCACUGACUGCAAUGUAGCACUGUUAUUAUUAUUAUUAUUAUUAUUAUUAUUAUUAUUAUCAUCCCCAGCUGUAACUGAGCAGGAACUAUAAUCACUGACUGCAAUGUAGCAUUAUUAUUAUUAUUAUUAUUAUUCCCAACUGUCACUGAGCAGGGACUUUAAUCACUGUCUGCACUGUAGCACUGUUAUUAUUAUCAUUAUUAUCCCCAGCUGUAACUGAGCAGGGACUAUAAUCACUGUCUGCACUGUAGCACUGUUAUUAUUAUUAUUAUCAUUAUUAUCCCCAGCUGUAACUGAGCAGGGACUAUAAUCACUGUCUGCACUGUAGCACAGUGACAGCUGUGGAUAAUAAUGUUAUUAUCCCCAGCUGUAACUGAGCAGGGAAUGUAAUCACUGUCUGAACUGUAGCACUAUUAUUAUUAUUCCCAACUGUCACUGAGCAGGGACUAUAAUCACUGUCUGCACUGUAGCACUGUUAUUAUUAUCAUUAUUAUCCCCAGCUGUAACUGAGCAGGGACUAUAAUCACUGUCUGCACUGUAGCACAGUGACAGCUGUGGAUAAUAAUGUUAUUAUCCCCAGCUGUAACUGAGCAGGGAAUGUAAUCACUGUCUGAACUGUAGCACUAUUAUUAUUAUUAUUAUUAUUAUUAUCAUCCCCAGCUGUAACUGAGCAGGAACUAUAAUCACUGACUGCAAUGUAGCACUGUUAUUAUUAUUAUUAUUAUUAUUAUUAUUAUUCCCAGCUGUAACUGAGCAGGGACUGUAAUCACUGUCUGAACUGUAGCACUGUUAUUAUUAUCAUUAUUAUUAUUAUUAUUAUUAUGAGCCCCAGCUGUCACUGAGCAGGAACUAUAAUCACUGUGUGCACCAUAGCACUGUUAUUAUUAUUAUUAUCCCCAGCUGUCACUGAGCAGGGACUAAUCUAGGGAUCGACCGAUAUUAAUUUUUUAGAGCCGAUACCGAUAUUCUGUAAACUUUCAGGCCAAUAGCCGAUAUAAUUUGCAGAUAUUCUGUACAUUUACCAUUUUGGAAAAUAAAAACUAUUUCUAAAGGUAAAUGCACAAAAUAUACAUGCCACGUGUAGUGUUUGUGUAGUGUGUGUGUGUGUUGUGGAUGCAAUGUGUGUUUGUGUAGUGUGUGUGUGUUGUGGAUGCAAUGUGUGUUUGUGUAGUGUGUGUGGUGGAUGCAAUGUGUGUUUGUGUAGUGUGUGUGUGUGUUGUGGAUGCAGUGUGUGGUUGUGGAUGCAGUGUGUGGUUGUGGAUGUAGUGUGUGUGUGUGUGUGUGUGUUGUGGAUGCAGUGUGUGUGUUGUGGAUGCAGUGUGUGUGUUGUGGAUGCAGUGUGUGUGUUGUGGAUGCAGUGUGUGUGUGUGUGUUGUGGAUGCAGUGUGUGUGUGUGUGUUGUGGAUGCAGUGUGUGUGUUGUGGAUGCAGUGUGUGUUUGUGUAGUGUGCGUGUGUGUGUUGUGGAUGCAGUGUGUGUUUGUGUAGUGUGUGUAUAUAAUGCAGUGUGUUUUGUCUAGUGUGCAUACUAUACAAACACACUGCAUUAUAUACACAGUGUGUUUGUGUAGUGUAUGUGUAUAUAAUGCAGUAUGUUUGUGUAGUGUGCAUUAUAUAAACACUCUACACAAACACACUGCAUUAUAUACACACACUAUACAAACACACUGUAUUAUAUACACACACUAUACAAACACACUGCAUUAUAUACACCGUGUGUUUGUGUAGUGUAUGUGUAUAUAAUGGAGUAUGUGUGUGAGGGGGCAUUUUUUAUUAAAUUAUUAUUUUUUUAUAUUAUUAUUAUUUUUGUUGCCUGGCCAGGGAGGGGGAUAUAGCAAUCCCUGGUGGUCCAAUGGCUUUGGCUGAGCUGUGGGGGGGGGACGUGCAGCAAACGCCUACGCACCUCAAAGCAGCUCCUCCAGCUCCCCAUUGUAAGUCUCGCGGCCAGCGUGCCGCCCGGGUCUCGUGAGCGUUACACUGGGGAGCUGGAGGAGCUGCUGGGAGGUGAGUAAGCGCUUGCUGCCCGUCCCCCCAGGACCGCCGGGUUUAUAAUGGGCCUGGCGGUACUAGGCGGUAUUAUCGGCAAUAUCUGUAUCUGAAUUGGCCGAUACUGAUAUUGCUGAAAAUCGGUCGAUCCCUACUGUAAUCAUUGUCUGCACUAUACUGUUGUUGUUGUUGUUAUUAUUAUCCCCAGUUGUCACUGAGCAAGGACUAUAAUCACUGUCUGCGCUGUAGCACUGUUGUUGUUAUUAUUAUUAUUAUUAUUAUCCCCAGUUAUCACUGAGCGGGGACUGUAAUCACUGUCUGCACUUUAGCACUGUUAUUAUUAUUAUUAUUAUUAUUAUCCCCAGCUGUAACUGAGCAGGGACUGUAAUCACUGUCUGCACUGUUAUUAUUAUUAUUAUUAACAGUGCUACAGUGCAGACAGUGAUUACAGUCCCUGCUCAGUGAUAGCUGGGGAUAAUAAUAAUAAUAAUAAUAAUGAUAAUAAUAACAGUGCUACAGUUCAGACAGUGAUUACAUUCCCUGCUCAGUUACAGCUGGGGAUAAUAAUAAUAACAGUGCUAAUUAUUGUAAUUCUCGCGGCCAGCGUGCCGCGCCGGUUUCGCGAGAGUUACACUGGGGAGCUGGAGGAGCUGCUGGGAGGUGAGUAAGCGCUUGCUGUCCGUCCCCCCAGGACCGCCGGGUUUAUAAUGGGCCUGGCGGUACUAGGCGGUAUUAUCGGCAAUAUCUGUAUCUGAAUUGGCCGAUACUGAUAUUGCUGAAAAUCGGUCGAUCCCUACUGUAAUCAUUGUCUGCACUAUAGACUGUUGUUGUUGUUGUUGUUAUUAUUAUCCCCAGUUAUCACUGAGCAGGGACUGUAAUCACUGUCUGCGCUGUAGUACUGUUGUUGUUGUUGUUAUUAUUAUUAUCCCCAGCUAUCACUGAGCAGGGACUGUAAUCACUGUCUGCACUUUAGCACUGUUAUUAUUAUCACCAGCUGUCACUGAGAAGGGAGUAUAAUCACUGUCUGCACUGUUAUUAUUAUUAUUAUUAUUAUUAUUAUUAUCCCCAGCUGUAACUGAGCAGGGACUAUAAUCACUGUCUGCACUGUUAUUAUUAUUAUUAUUUAUUAUUAUUAUUAUCCCCAGCUAUCACUGAGCAGGGACUUUAAUCACUGUCUGCACUGUAGCACUGUUAAUAAUAAUAAUAAUAAUAAUAAUAAUAAUAAUAACAGUGCUACAGUGCAGACAGUGAUUACAGUCCCUGCUCAGUUACAGCUAGGGAUAAUAAUAACAGUGCUAAAGUGCAGACAGUGAUUACAGUCCCUGCUUAGUGAUAGCUGGGGAUGAUGAUAAUAAUAAUUAAUUACAGUGAUUACAGUCCCUGCUCAGUGACAGCUGGGGAUGAUAAUAAUAAUAAUAAUAAUGCAGACAGUGAUUAUACUCCCUUCUCAGUGAUAGCUGGGGAUAUUAUUAUUAUUAUUAAUAUUAUCCCCAGCUAUCACUGAGAAGGGAGUAUAAUCACUGUCUGCAUUAUUAUUAUUAUUAUUAUUAUUAACAGUGCUACAGUGCAGACAGUGAUUACAGUCCCUGCUCAGUUACAGCUAGGGAUAAUAAUAAUAACAGUGCCAAAGUGCAGACAGUGAUUACAGUCCCUGCUUAGUGAUAGCUGGGGAUGAUAAUAAUUACAGUGCAGACAGUGAUUACAGUCCCUGCUCAGUGACAGCUGGGGAUAUUAUUAUUAUUAUUAUUAUUAUAAUCCCCAGCUAUCACUGAGCAGGGACUGUAAUCACCGACUGCACUGUAGCACUGUUAAUAAUAAUAAUAAUAACAGUGCUACAGUGCAGUCGGUGAUUACAGUCCCUGCUCAGUGAUAGCUGGGGAUAAUAAUAAUUAUUAUUAUUAUUAUCCCCAGCUAUCACUGAGCAGGGACUGUAAUCACUGUCUGCGCUGUAGCACUGUUAAUAAUAAUAAUAAUAAUAAUAAUAAUAAUAAUGCAGACAGUGAUUAUACUCCCUUCUCAGUGAUAGCUGGGGAUAAUAUUAUUAAUAAUAAUAAUAAUAUUAAUAAUAUUAUCCCCAGCUAUCACUGAGAAGGGAGUAUAAUCACUGUCUGCAUUAUUAUUAUUAUUAUUAUUAUUAUUAUUAUCCCCAGCUAUGACUGAGCAGGGACUGUAAUCACUGUCUGCACUGUAGCACUAUUAUUAUUAUUAUUAUUAUUAUUAUUAACAGUGCUACAGCGCAGACAGUGAUUACAGUCCCUGCUCAGUGAUAGCUGGGGAUAAUAAUAAUAAUAAUAAUAUAAUAUAAUAACAGUGCUACAGUGCAGACAGUGAUUACAGUCCCUGCUCAGUUACAGCUGUAAUAAUAAUAAUAAAAUAUUACUAGUUAUGUCUAAAAGCAAAUAACACUAUCGUUUAUAUUGUCACCACUUGUCAAUCAGGCUCAAAGGAAAUUAAACAUAUAUUUUGUCUCAUGUCUAAAUAAAGGAACACUACAGCACAAAACUGUAAUAGCUAUGGUGCCAGAAGUACCCUGGCGUCCACCUUGCACCGAAUAAGUAGCCAAGACAUUUUACAACGACUUGACUUCUAACUUGGUAUUAGGUGGAUGCCGCCCCCAUCCCCACUACAGUCUUCAGGAAGACCCAAUCUCCUUUUUCGGAUCUUCUUGUCCUGCACUGCCCUGGUGGGAGGAUUGUAAUAAAUUCUCUAUGUAUGUUGUGCUAUUUAUAAUGAAUGCAAAAUUAGUCUGAAUAUUAAACCUUUAAAAAAAUCUCUUUUCCAGAUUUGGGUUAUCCCACAUGAUAUCACUAAAGAGAAUCCUUGCUCUCCUCUACAUGGAAAUUCCUGGAAUCCUGACUUUCCACUGUAAAGGGCUAAUGUGACCUAUCCUGGACUCUGUGCCCACACCAUGGCGACUCUGAGCGUGUCUUAUCUUAGUGUAUCCUUUCCUGGACUCUGUGUCUCUUCAUUUUGAUCCCUGGAUAAGCAUCCCUUUUUGUGUUAUUCCACAUGUUCUAACACAUUUGAGUUUCUGUCCUGAAUCUUUUCAUCUCAUUGUAAUUGCUCACCAUGACAAGCACAUAUAUCACUUUAGGGAUUCUUUACCUUGUACAAGGCUUCCCUUAUGGUAUUCAGUCUGGUCUCCUUCCAGUUCUCCUGCGGACCCAAGGACUCUCGCUUUCUCAGAUAGGUCUCACACGAGUCCUGUAUCUUCCAUGGUUGCUAAAAGUAUUAUGGUCGCCAUUAGUAGAUGGACAUUUGAGCCGUAGGGUGUGGCUCCGGCUCAGUACAGGAGGUCUGUGUAUCUGUUGCCUUUUAUGUUCUUUACUGCCCUCUGGAGCUACCUUUACCCCCCUGGCUUGGCUUCUUUUGCUUAUGCACGUGUUCUCCUCCCUCCAAGAUGUCGCACUAGAUGCUGUGUCUGUGGCAGUCCUGACAAGAGAGCAGGUGGGAGUAGGUAAUUCACUUCAAGUGGUGGCUUAUAAACUGGGCUCCGUGCUGGCCGGAGGUGGGUCCUUAACCCUGCUUGAAGCUCUGGGCUGGAGACCGAUCUUCCUGCUUCUAGCAGCUGCUUACUUUCUGGCUGUGCUUUGUGUUGGUGCCCGAGUCCUUCAGUCAGAAGAGUCAGCAAAACGAGAGGAACUCAAGGAUCCAUACAGUAAAGUGGGCCUGAGAGAAGUGAUCAGAAAGGUGCUGUGGGUCCCAGGGACCAUGUGGACUUGUGGCUAUGUGUUAAUGUAUAAACUGGGUGAGUGCUGGGGUCGUAAAUCCAUGUAUGAAUAUCUAAAUACUGUAUUUAAUGGCAUUGCUGUGUUAAAGAGAUACUGUAACUAAUGACAGCUCAUUGAAGUGGUCUUCAGAAUCUACUUUUCUGGUUGCCAUCACACAAGCACUCACUGAGCAGAGAAGCCUGUUAGCCCAGCACUCUCAGCUGAUCAUGCCAUCAAGCAGAAGUUCACAUUCAAUUAAUAAUUUUAUAGAACCAGAUAUGUAUGUUGCACUCACAAAUAAGGAGCAGGUUACGAACUUAUAUGCAGGAAAAUGAUGGACAGCCAAAAUCCAAUUGAACAAACUUUAUUCCUUAAAAUAAGUAACACACAUCUCAAACGUAUUCCGGUAGUCUCUCGGAUAUACCUGCUAAAAAGUCUUCAGCAAUACCUGUAGCCGGGACUCUGGAUUCCCGGACUGUAGCGUUCGUACCGGUGGGCCGAGUUUGAGUUCGUGUGUGCCCUUAAGUCUCUGUCCAUCAAUAUUUAAAGCCACCCUGUGGGCGUAUCUCAGUCCUGCACACUACAUGAUCCCAGAAAGUUUCCAGAGCGCCUUGCGUAAUUAAGUUAGUGUGCUACUACACCACACGAAAGACGUCCUCGAACUCUGCCCACUGGUACGAAGGCUUCAGCCCGGGAAUCCAGAGUCCCGGCUACUGGUAUUGCAGAAGACUUUUUAGCAGGUUUAUUUGAGAGACUAGUGAGACGGAAUACGUUUGAGACAUGUGUUACUUAUUUUAAAGAAUUAGUUUGUUCAGUUGGAUUUUGGCUGUCCAUCGUUUUCCUGCAUAUAAGGCUGGAUUUACAUUCAAAGCGCAUAUAGCCUGAGCAGUUCUUAACCUCCUCCUUGAUUGUGAGUGCAAUAUACAUAUCUGGUUCUAUAAAAUUAUUGGUGUUUAAACAAUAUUACACUAUGUUUUUUAUAUUUUUUUCUUCCAUGUUGAGGGCAACAUAUUUGCAAGUAUAAUAUUUUAUACAUUUUUACAUUUUAAGUAUAUUUGCACAUAAAAUCACGUUAACUAGUUUGCACAUACACUGAAAUUUGAAAUUGCACUUUAAUUGAAGCAUAAUUUGAAUUAUUUGCACAAUAAUUAAAAAGCACUGUUUGCUGUUUUUAACACUUUGUGAUUUCUUAAAAGCAUGUAUAUUUAAAAAGCACGAUUUUAAAGGCACAAAGCACUUUGUUUUGGUUUGAUAUUUGAUUUAGUGUUCUGUGGAGAUAAAUACACUGUUAAGGUGCUGCUGUUUAACAAUAUAUAUUUUUAGCGCCAUUCAUACUUGUCAUUUUUGGUUGUUUUCACAUUCACAUUAGCUGAAGGACAGGUGAGCUCUGGGCUCUAGGAGAGCUCUGCUCAAAAAAACCUUGGCACAGUCUGGGGAAAUGUAGCCGGAAGUCUCUUUGCUCCAUGGACUCAGCAUUGAGCUGUAAGGGUUAUGGUACUUACAGAGCCCCUUUAAUGUAAAAACUAGGUAAGUUCCAUGGAGCAUGGAGCCACAAGUAAAUAUAUUAUUACAGGGUUUGACAAAUUUUCUUGGAAUCUAGUAGCCAGCAAAAAAUAACUUAGGAGCCAGGUUUUUAAAAGUGAAAAAUACAAUUCUUAAAGGGACACUAUAGUCACCAGAAACACUGCAGCUUAAAGGAUCACUAUAGUGUCAGGAAAACAAACUCAUUUUCCUGACACUAUAUGUGGCGAAACCAACCUCGACACUGUACACUGGAGAAGCCUGGUUGCUCGCCUGCUGCCUUUGGACUAUGGCCCCAUGUUAAAAGACAUCUUUUUUCCCUGCAGAAAAGACUUAUUCGUGCUUUUCUGCCGGGUGUUGGGUAGUUUUGUUUGAGUGUGUUGUACCCCAGAUAGGAAUCCCAUGGAGCCCAUUCGCAUGAAACGGACUGUGUAAAGACUUUGGCUCCAUGGCGAUUAAACUGUAUUCGUGUGGUCUGAGCGCCAUUCGCUUAAUAAUGUGCGCUCAGACCUGAGCUAUCUGGGGAUAUGUAGAACGUAUAUGUUUUAUGUACUGAAUGUAACUGUAUGUAAUUUUAUGUCUUUUACUGUUUGUUUUCUGCCAUGUGGUUAAUGGAGUUUUGCCUCUGUCUUUGGAGAUAAUUGAAUUACUUCUCAAUUAUCUCCAGAGCAGAGAGGAGGGAUUGUGAUGCAUUGUGGAAUGGUUGAAAUGUGUAAGUCUGUGGUUGGUCCUUUUACCCUUUGUGUCCCAGUCUCCCAUUUGGUCCCCUAGGGGAGUGUCCACCAGGUGGGAGACCUGCAUAAAAGCCGGGCAGUUAGCCCCAGUAAAUCCGUUCCUGCUUAACCCUCAAAGUGAAGUGUCGUCUCAUUAUUGGGGGAAGAUUUACUGUAUGCUGUUAGAGACUGAUUGCCAGGAGUGUAAGCCGUUUGGGAGCUUUUCCUGUUCGUCUGCUAGCAGCUAUUCAUGUGUCUCCAGUUUGGGAGUUGGUGAAUUCGUGGGUUUGCAGUUCAGGAGAUUGGCGCUUGCAGUAGCUGUCGGUGCAGCUGAAAAGGGGGAAUAUCGCCUAAACGGUUUUUAACCUCUUUUGGGCAAAAUGGUCCGUUACACUAUAUAACCCUUAGGCCCCACCCACCUUCAGGGCUCCCCUCCCUUGGUGCUGAAGGGGUUAAAAACCCCUUCAGCCACUUACCUUUAUCCAGCGCCGGGCUCCCUUGGCACUGGUGACCUCUCCUCCCCUGCCGACGUCAGCUUCCGAGUGGAGCGGAAUGCGAAUGCUCGGCAGGAGCUGCGCGCACAUUCAAACAGUCCAUAGGAAAGCAUUUAUCAAUGCUUUCCUAUGGAUGUUCUACUGGCUGGAUGCAAAUUUUGCAUCCAGCGUCGCAGAAGCGCCUUUUCCGGCUGUCCGGAAGAUAGCCACUAGAGGCUGGAUUAACCCUGCAAUGUAAACAUAUCAGUUUCUCUGAAACUGCUAUAUUUACAUCUGAAGGGUUAAAACCUGGGGACCUGGCACCCAGACCACUUCAUUGAGUGUCCCUUUAAUGUAGUUGUUCUGGUGUCUGUAGUAUGACAAAGGGCAGUGUUUACAUUGCUGCCUAACACCUCUAGUGACAUUCACUCAGACAACAUCUAGAGGUCACUUAAGUUCAGCGUCUCCAUGCUCUGCAAACUAACAAAGCCAUGUGAAUUGAUCCUAUGGUGAUCACUGAGGGAUAAUCUAUGGAGAGACCUUAACAAAGCUGCGCUGUGAAUGGAUCCUGGAGUGAUCACCAGGGGAGAAUCUAUGGAGACAAACCACGCAGUGAAUGGAUCCUAGGAGAGAACUAUGGAGAGAACUUAACAAAGCCAGGCAGUGAAUGGGUCCUGGAGUGAUCACCAGGGGAGACUCUAUGGAUAGAGUUGAGCCAACCCGAACUGCAAAGUUCGUGUUCGUACCGAACAUUACGGUUUUUGGACCCUGGACCCGAACACAGACAUUUCAGUGUAUGUUCGGGUUGGAGUUCGGUGUUCAGCGAUUUAAUGGCGCGUUUUGAAAGGCUGCUGGGCAGCCAAUCAACAAGUGUUUGACUCGUGUGCCCUUCGAAGCCAUCACAGCCAUGCCUACUAAUGGCAUGGCUGCAAUUGGCCAGUGCAGCAUGUGACCCAUCCUCUAUAUAUAACCUGGAGUCACGUAGCGCCGCAUGUCACAUGAGCUCUUAUUAGUGUAGGGAGAGGAUGCUGCAUCUGUGCUAUACUACAUUUUUGUACCCUGCCCUGAGCCCAAUGCCACAGAGAGUGCAGUGCACUUGCAACUGCAUGUGUGCCAGGCACAUUACUUUAAUCCUGUUCUGAAUGCUCUAAAUAGAACGUUUGCGGCCUGCGGUUCAAUAAAAGCCUUAAAUACUACUGUUACAUUGUUGGUUUAAAAAAUCUGUUUUUUGUGCUAAAUAGUAAAUUUGCGGCCUGAGGUGCACUUCAUAUCGGAGAGUCAAAUAGAACUGUCAAAUACUGUGGUUACAGCGCAGUUUUAAAAAUUAAAAUCUUUUAGCUGCUAAAUAGUACAUUUGGCGGCCUGCACUUCAUAUCUGCGAGUCGAAUAGAACCAUCAUAUACUGUGGUUACAGCGCAGUAUUAAAAGUUCACAUUUUUUUAGGUGCUAAAUAGUACAUUUGGGGCCUGCACUUCAUAUCUGAGAGUCAAAUAGAACCGCCAAAUACUGCUGUGACAUUGCAGUUUGACUAAUUCACAUUUCUUUGGUGCUAAAUAGUACAUUUGGGGCCCCAAAAAAAUCUCUUCUGAGGGUGGCACUCGGUAAUAUGCCAGGCGCUGUUCCACCUCCUUGCGCACUUCCUCCUCAUCUCCGGCACUUGGCUGGGGUUUGUUGCCUCACUGUGUGCCUGGUCGUCCUCCAUGAGCGCAGCAGUCAAUUCGGCCUUGUUACGCCCACCAGGCAUUAUUCCUCUGGCUCCACACAAGUCCCGCAGUGUAGGUCGCUUUAGAGCACUGUAGUCCAUGAGUCUGUUGGCAGGGACAUGGGAUCCCGCCGCUUGCCAGCAAUUGAAGCGGCACCUGGGUAACCGAUGGUUAUCCCCUUUGAUUAGGUCAGACCCAUUUUCCCAGUAACCGGAUGGGACACAGUUCCAGGAUACAAUGUUUGACAAUCUUUAUUUGGGUACACAGCUUUGCAUCCUGUUGCCUCCUCCUCUACCACCUCCUCAUCUGGUCAGCGUAAUACCUUUACCACCAAUUUCAGCACGGCCAGGGGGAAACGACAGCAGGCUGUUUUAAAACUCAUAUGUUUGGGAUAAAAACCUCACACCGCGCAGGAGCUGUGGACAGGCAUGGAACAACAGACCAAUAAGUGGUUGUUGCCACUGAGCCUCAAGCCUGGCCUGGUGGUGUGCGAUAAUGGGCGAAAUCUCGUAGCAGCUCUGGGCCUAGCCGGUUUGACGCAUAUCCCUUGCCUGGCACAUGUGCUGAAUUUGGUGGUGCAGAAAUUCCUGAAAAACUACCCAGAUAUAUCAGAGCUGCUGCAGAAAGCGCGGGCCGUCUUUCUGCGUUCUCACCCUGCUGCUGCUCGCCUGUCUGUGCUGCAAUAUAACUUCAGCCUUCCCACUCACCGCCUCAUAUGCGAUGUGCCCACAAGGUGGAACUCCACCUUGCACAUGCUGGAGAGACUGUGCAAGCAGCAGCAGGCGAUAGUUUCAGCUGCAGCACGCACAGGUCAGUCGCUCUGCGGAACAGCACCACUUCACCACCAAUGAGUGGUCCUCCAUGCGAGACUUGUGUGCCAUGUUGCGCUGUUUCGAGUACUCCACCGACAUCGCCAGUUCCAUUGACGCCGUUCUCAGCCUUACUAUCCCGCUUCUAUGUCUCCUUGAAAAAACGCUUCGGGCGAUGAUGGAAGAGGAUGUGGCACAGGAGGAGGAGGAAGAGGGGUCAUUUCCACGGUUAUCAGGCCAGUCAUUCACAAGUGGCUCGGAGGGUGGGUUCCUGCACCAGCAUAGGCCAGGUACACAAUUGUCCAGCAUCUCCACACUCUCCCAUGGAAGCGUUCAGCUGUCCAUCUCCCAAACACUGGAGAGAAAGAGGAAGUACCCCCUUACCCACCUGCGAUCCCUGGCCCUGAAUGCCAGCAUUUCAAAAUUCCUGGCAUGUGAAAUGCUGUCAUUCCGGCUGGUGGAGACGGACAGUUUUAAAAACAAAAAAUAGUGUUGGCUACCUCCUCUGCCUUCACAGCCAUGGUCACCACCUCCUCAACCUCCUACUCCACAUCCACCUCCUACACCUAGAGCAGGGUGUAAAAACGGAGCGGCAGUCUCCUAGAUAGUACACCUGCUGCUGCCCACCACACCCAGGGACCGAGCACACCAAAGCCAGCUCCAAGGAGUACCCUGGCGUAGAAGUUCUUCAGACAAUGUGCUGACGACAAGACACGAGUGGUUUGCACGCUGUGCAAUCAGAGCCUGAAGCGAGGCAUAAACGUUCUAAACCUGAGCACAACCUGCAUGACCAGGCAUCUACAUGCAAAGCACGAGCUGCAGUGGAAUAAGCACCUCAAAAACCAAGAAAGGUGUCAGGCUCCUCCUGCUUCCUCUUCUGCUGCUGUCUCGGCCUCUUCCUCCACCUCUGAGGAGUGAAGGAGGAGGAGGGAGGAGCAUGUUUCUGUACCAUGCUCCCUCGCGGUUCCUGUGCUGGGGAUUGUGGGAGCCGCGAGGGAGCAUGGUACAGAAACAUGCUCCUCCCUCCUCCUCCUUCACUCCUCAGCCAUCAGUGACAGGAGGAGGCACCUGCCACCCUGCAAACAGAGGAUGUGGCAGCAACGCCACGAUGUCCGCCACCGUCCCCAAGCAUCUCCACACUGUCCCAUGGAAGUGUUCAGCUGUCCAUCUCCCAAACACUGGAGAGAAAGAGGAAGUUCCCCCCUACCCACCCGCGAUCCCUGGCCCUGAAUGCCAGCAUUUUCAAAAUUUCUGGCCUUUGAAAUGCUGUCAUUACGUCUGGUGGAGACGGACAGUUUUAAAAACCUGAUGGCGUUAUUGGACUGCAAGAAAUGUGCUGCAAAUGUUUAAUUUUUUUAUAUGUCCCAAUAUUUUGGGGGCUACCCCAAUAAAAACAAAAUAGCAAAACAAAUAAAAAACAGUGUUGGCUACCUCCUCCGCCUCCACCGCCGCUUCCACCUACACCGCCACGGUCACCGCCUCCUCAACCUAUGGGUCACUUAGUAUAAACUAUGUACACAAUAGCAGAGGUUUGUGAAGGCCUUUUCUCCAUGCAUCAGUAGUUGAGCUCAAUUUGAACAAUGAAAGAGAAUACCCUGCACUCCAACCCCCUCUCUCAAAUGGAUAAUUCUGGUAAUCCUCAUGACAGCCAUGCUUUAGAUUUUGAUUUAUGUUCUUCAAAAGCUAAAAUCAAAGAUUCCAUCUAGUGCUAUUUUAUGGCUCAGCUGUAUUUUUAAUUUUUAUGUAUUUCAUGUUAUUUUAAGUGAUUUCCCUAUCCACAUUUGUUUGCAGGGCACUUGUCCUACUCUUACCCCCAUUUUACUUCCUUUUGCAGCCCUCUAGCCCUUUCCAGGAAUUUUUAAAGGCAUUUUAGUGCCCAAAGGUUCGGGUCCCCAUUGACUUCAAUGGGGUUCGGGGUCAAGUUCGAGCCCGAGUCCGAGCUCGAACUUUUUGACGAAGUUUGGCCGAACUCAGCGAACCCGAACAUCCAGGUGUCCGCUCAACUCUAUCUAUGGAGACAAACCACGCAGUGAAUGGUUCCUAGGGUGAUCACUGGGGGACAAUCUAUGGAGAGACCUUAACAAAGCCACAAUGUGGAUGGAUCCUGGGGUGAUCACCCGUGGAGAAUCUAUGCAGAGUCCUUAGCAAAAGCAUGGUGUGAAUGGGUCCUGGGGUGAUCAUCGGGGGGAGGGGGAAUAUAUAGCAUCCUGAAUGUGAUUAUUUAGCAUUUCUUAUAAUAAAAAAAAAAGCUCUCAUUAAAGGUUAGUGAGUACGAUGACAGGUUUCCUCUUAGUAGGGUUCGCGUCCCUUGCUAUAGGAUUUCAAACCCUAUUUUAUAGGACUUUAUUUGCGAGGCUUCCUGGAUAUGUGCAUUAUAUGGUAUACAUGUAUCAUUACCUUGUUUUUCUUUCUAUAGAGUGACAACCUCAAUAUGUUACCAGUCUCUUUUUCUUUCUGCAGGUGAGCAGGGGUCACUCAGUAUGGUUCCCCUCUUACUCCUGGACCAAGGGGUCUCAGCAGCUGAGCUUGGGGUAUUCAGCGGGAUCAUCUCGGUGGUGCUAUCCAUAGCUGGAUCUGUAUUUGGAGGGGCACUGCUUACAAAGGACAGGUAGAGAUUACAGUAACUACUGGAUUACUUUCAGUCUGUCCUACUAGCCCUUCCUCUCCAUCAUCUAACCCCCUCCUAUGCUUACUGUGAUACUUUCAGUCUGUCCUACUAGCCCUUCCUCUCCUCCAUCAUCUAACCCCCUCCUAUAACUAGUGCAUUACUUUCAGUCUGUCCUACUAGAUCUUCCUCUCCUCCAUCAUCUAACCCCCUCCUAUAACUAUUUAGUUACUUUUAGUCUGUCCUACUAGCUGUUCCUCUCCAUCAUCUAACCCCCUCCUAUAACUAUUUAGUUACUUUUAGUCUGUCCUACUAGCUGUUCCUCUCCUCCAUCAUCCAACCCCCUCCUAUAACUAUUUAGUUACUUUCAGUCUGUCCUACUAGCCCUUCCUCUCCAUCAUCUAACCCCCUCCUAUAACUACAGUGUUACUUUCAGUAUGUCCUACUAGCCCUUCCUCUCCAUCAUCUAACCCCCUCCUAUAACUACAGCAUUACUUUCAGUCUGUCCUACUAGCCCUUCCUCUCCUCCAUCAUCUAACCCCAUCCUAUAACUACAGCAUUACUUUCAGUCUGUCCUACUAGCCCUUCCUCUCCAUCAUCUAAACCCCUCCUAUAACUACAGCAUUACUUUUAGUCUGUCCUACUAGAUCUUCCUCUCCUCCAUCAUCUAACCCUCUCCUAUAACUACAGCAUUACUUUCAGUCUGUCCUACUAGCCCUUCCUCUCCUCCAUCAUCUAACCCCAUCCUAUAACUACAGCAUUACUUUCAGUCUGUCCUACUAGCCCUUCCUCUCCAUCAUCUAAACCCCUCCUAUAACUACAGCAUUACUUUUAGUCUGUCCUACUAGAUCUUCCUCUCCUCCAUCAUCUAACCCCCUCCUAUAACUACUGCAUUACUUUCAGUCUGUCCUACUAGCCCUUCCUCUCCUCCAUCAUCUAACCCCCUCCUAUAACUACAGCAUUACUUUCAGUCUGUCCUACUAGUCCUUUCUCUCCAUCAUCUAACCCCCUCCUAUAACUACUGCAUUACUUUCAGUCUGUCCUACUAGAUCUUCCUCUCCUCCAUCAUCUAACCCCCUCCUAUAACGUUUUAGUUACUUUCAGUCUGUCCUACUAGAUCUUCCUCUCCUCCAUCAUCUAACCCCUCCUAUAAACGUUUUAGUUACUUUCAGUCUAUCCUACUAGUCCUUCCUCUCCAUCAUCUAAACCCCUCCUAUACCUACUGUGAUACUUUCAGUCUGUCCUACUAGCCCUUCCUCUCUUCCAUCCUCUAACCCCCUCCUAUUCCUACUCCAUUACUUUCAGUCUGUCCUACUAGCUCUUUGUGUCCCUCCCUUAGCUUUCCUCUCCCCUCCUUCUCCUUUUCUCUCUCCCUUAGCUUUCCUCUCCCCUCCCUUCCUUUAGUGUCCCCUCCCCCCUUGUGUUCCUCUCCCCACCCUGUCCCUUUGUGGUCCUUUACCCUCCCUGUCCCUUUGUGUACCCAUCCCCCUUCUCUUCGGUGAUGUGCCUCUUUUGUAGCAUGACCAAGCAGAGCGUACAGUGGUACAGGAGCUUUUGUUUACCCUACCCGGUCGGACUGACAGGAAGUGCUUUUUCUGCGAGCACUUCCUGUCAGGCAGGCCGGGUACAGGAAGUGCCACCUUUUGGAAGCGCCAGCCCUGCGAGCCCCUCCCUACCCCCCCCUCAUAUGCGGGGGGUUGGGGCCCUAACUGACAGUGGAGGGAGUGUCGUCCCAACCCCCGGGCCUUCAUCCAUGAGCGGCGGGUGGGGAUCUUAAGUUACAAUGGAGGGGCCUAUUGUCCUGUCCUCCCACCCAUUAAUGGCGGGUGGGGACACUAAGUUACAAUAGGGGGGGACUGGUUGUUGUCCCCCAGCCACCACCCAUGGGCGGUGGAGGCCUGGUGACUAGGGGUUUUCAAGCCCCUUGUCACCCCUCCCUCCCCGCAAUUAAAUUAAGGGGGAAGCAAUAAACUAAUACCUACAUAGAUGUCUUCUUUUUUCUAAAACCUUUUUUUUUCAGCCCCCCAAAAAGCCAAAUAAAAAUCCAUAAUUCCCGUCGAACUGAUCAAAUUAAAUAAAAACUUGAGUGCAAAAAAAAACAAAAAACAAAACCACACAAAAAAAAUAUCCAGACACUAAAGAAAUAAUCCAUCUUCACCCAGGGAGGGCACCGUGUAGUCUGAGCUCCGCAGGGGAAGGAAAGACUUUUAAAGCAUUCCCCAUACCUUGCAAUUUGACUCAGAGCGUUCUAAGAGUGCUCUGAUACGUAAAACAUCCCAUGUAGAAUUAUAUCUAGGGCAAACUAAGGAGUUUUUGCCCACUGGAAAGGAUUCAAUUGGGUUAUUGUUCGCUGAACUAUACACAUUAAUGGUGCGAAAUGCUAUUACUUAAUCAAAUAGACAGGAGGCGAAUAUUUGCUUUACUUUCUUUACUCAAACCUCCCAGCAGGAAGUAAAUGGUUAAAAUGGUAAAAUAAAAAUCAACCAAUCACAUAGAAGGUAUUAGUAAGGUAAUACUCCCACUUCUUCUUUCUUAUGAUGCAGCCGCACCAAUCGGAGUAAUCAUAAACAGUGUCCUCAACCAUGUAAACCGGAAAACAAGUUCAGGUGGAUUCGACCGAUAUCCAUAGGAAUUAUACAGAAUUUUCACCCUAGAAGGAAGAAGAAAUAUUGUGAAAGUAUUGUGUCUAAGACUAUUUGCAAUUACAGACGUUGGCAAUAUACAUGGACAGUGGAUAAGCACCAUUUAACAUCAGAAAAUGAACAGUAUAACUGAGAGUACUUGCAACAGAAGAAAAGAAGCAGGGUCAAUAGUUAGUAAGAAGGGAGGGAAAAAUAUUCGCCCCCUGUCUUUAAUAAAAUUUAGAUUAUUCUGUCAUUAACACUAGAAUAAUCCCUAAUAUUAUGGCAAGACAGGAGGCUUCAUAUUUGCUAUUUUAACGCCUAGAUAUAAGAGGAAAAUGGGCAUGAGAAGUCGGACGAAAGUAAAGUAUGAAAGGUAGAUUCCCUAGACCAACCAGCAGAGGACAGAAUAUCCUAGAGGGCGCAUCCUGCUAGAAAGUGAACAGAGUGUGCUCCGAAGGAGAUGUUAACACCAGCAAGACCGAGGAGCCGUUUGAUCCAACGAGCAAUCGUAGGACGUGACACUGGUCGGUGGGGACGAACGUAGGAGAUCAACAGAGGUCCUGAAGGAGAUUAAGUGGAGUAGUAAGAGUGACAUAUUGACGUACACAACGUGCCUCACAAUGCGCUGGUCUGUCAGGGAAAUACGGGUAAAAAACAGAAGAGGAGAAUGUCUUGGUCUGACGGGAAAUGGAAAAAUGAACACCUUUGGGUGUGAAUACAAGAGCAUGGAAGUCAAAAGCAGAAGGAAACUAAGCAGAGAAGUAGGGCUAGUUUAGCAGAGAGCUGCCUUAACGUGAAGUCCAAGUUGGAAGGCCAAGCUUCCAGAAAGGAGAAAACUUGAGAAACAUCCCAGAAUUGGAAAAUCAAGGAGCUGGAAGUCUGGCCAAUCUAAUACCACGUAUAAGUCUACAGACCGAGGGGUGUCUGCCCACGGAGGAAUUCUCGACAGGAGCAUGAGCUGCGAAGAUAGCAGAACGAAAAAGGUUUAUGGUCCAGUAGGACUUACCCUGGUCAAAGAGUGAGCAUAGGAAAUUCAUGAUGUCAACAAUAGAUAAUGAAAAGGGAUCAAUAUCCCUUUCCACACACCAGCUAGUCCAUAGAUGCCAAGCGGAGAGGUAAGAACUUCAAGUUCCGGGGGCCCAGGAAUCCCAUAGUAAUCCUCUAGACAUUCCAGGAUCCCCUGAAAUGGUCCAGGUCACGAGUUGAGGUGCCCCUGAAGAAGGAGAGGGUGAAACUCUGAGAAGAUCGUAAGUCCGAGGAAGGAGGAGAGGAAAGUCUACAGGCAGUUCCAUCAGACUAGGAUACCAAGGCUGCGCCCUCCAUAAAGGAGCAAUCAAAAGUAUUUUUACACUGAGAGUUCUGGGUUUCUGAAGAAGUUAAAGGAUGGUGAAAAAGGUGAGAAGGCCCCUGAGCUCAGCCACGGUUGUAGGAACACAUGGACUGCUUGGCAGGAUGGGUCUUGGCGAUUCAAGCGGAAUGCGAAGAGGUCCCGAUGUAGAGGACCAUGAUAUAGUUGAAGGAGAUGGAUGAUGUAUGUGUCCAAUUGCCAAUCGCUGUCGUCUCUCCAGUGACGAGAGAACCAGUCCGCCAUCAGGUUGUCUGGGCCUGGUAAAUACUCUGCUUGAAGGGAGAUGUUCCCGGCCAGGAAAAAUUUGUAGAGUUCCUUCGUCAAGUCCGAGAGGAGUUUGGAGCGAGAACCUCCUGAACGAUUGACUUAACGAACAGCGGAGAUAUUGUCCAUCCUCAGAGUGAGAGAGCAGUUGUAUGCGUCUUUUGGGAAGCUGUGGACUGCAAAGGAGCCGGCAAUCAACUCGAGGCAGCUUAUGUGUACGGGCUGUUAUGAUGGUGUCCAAAGCCCUCCAGUGGAGAGCAAGUGGUGCCCCAUCCUGAGAGGCUGGCAUCUGAUUCAAGCAUGAAAUCUGGUAGAGAGCCGAUAUGGCGAAACCAACCUCGCCACUGGGCAUUGGAGAAGCCUGUUUGCCCGCCUCCUGCCCGCUGACUAUGGCCUCUGGGAGAUUUGGCCCUUUUAAUACAGUAUUUGGGCAUAUUGUAUUUUAUUGUGCCGCUGGAGACAUACUGUGACUUUUGGGAACAAUGCCCCUUUAAGACUAUGGCCCUUGGAAGAUAUUGCCUGUUAAAGACUAUUUUAGCAGAUUGGAUUUUAAAAGACUUGCUGCCCCUUUAAAUUGUAUUGAAACCAUAACUCUACAGCAAAUAACUUCCCCCACCUUUCCCGUGAUACUUGGGUUUCCUUGGCUCGCCAGGCAUAAUCCUUUAAUAGACUGGGAAAGAAAGGAGAUAAUAAAAUGGGGUGACUUUUGUUUUAAAGAGUGUAUCACUCAAGUCAAACCAAUCGGUCUACUUAAUGUUCCUACCAUGAAGCCUUUAACCACCCAGAUACCCAAGCAAUAUUGGGAUCUCAAAGCGGUCUUUGAACCAAGGGAAGCGGAAAAGUUACCGCCUCACCGUUCAUACGACUGCGCUAUUGACUUAUUACCCGGCACCAUGCCUCCUAGGGGUACCGUGUAUCCCCUCUCUGUGGCCGAAAACAAGGUACUUGAGGAGUACAUUACAGAGAAUUUGAAAAAGGGUUUUAUCACCAAAUCUUCCUCCCUGGCUGGAGCUGGUUUUUUCUUUGUUUCUAAAAAGGAGGGAGAUUUGAGGCCUUGUAUUGACUAUCAGGGGUUAAACAAAAUAACCAUACGAAACGCUUAUCCCAUCCCGCUUAUAACUGAACUUUUCGACAGGUUGAAGGGAGCUACCAUAUUCACCAAGUUAGACUUACGGGGAGCAUAUAAUUUGGUUAGAAUUAAAAAGGGACAUGAGUGGAAGACUGCUUUCAAUACUCGCUAUGGCCAUUAUCAAUACAGGGUUAUGCCCUUCGGCUUAUGCAACGCUCCUGCAGUCUUUCAAAAUUUUAUAAACUAUGUUUUAAGGGAUUAUUUACAAAUGUUUGUUGUUGUUUAUUUGGAUGACAUACUCAUCUACUCUAAGAGUAUUAAUGAACAUCAUAAACACGUUAGGUUGGUCCUAUCUAGAUUAUUGAAAAACUGACUAUUACAAACUAGAAAAAGGUUUGUUCGAUGUAGAAAAGGUUAACUUCCUAGGGUAUAUAAUUUCAGGUUCGGGCUUUCAAAAGGGACCUAAAAAACUAGAAGCAAUCUUAAACUGGCCCCUACCCGUUGGGCUAAAAGCCAUCCAACGUUUCCUAGGAUUUGCCAAUUAUUAUAGAAAGUUUAUCAAAGGGUUUUCCUCUAUUACCGCUCCUAUUACCGCCAUGACAAAAAAGAAUAGGAACCAUACGGUAUGGAGUCCCGAAGCUAAAGAUGCCUUUGAGAAACUUAAGAUAGCUUUUUCUCCAGCCCCGGUAUUAAGUCAUCCUAAUCCUUGGCGUCCCUUUAUAUUGGAAGUAGAUGCCUCCGAGACAGGGGUAGGGGCUGUAUUAUCCCAGAGAUCUUCGAAUGAUCAAUCCCUACAUCCCUGUGGUUAUUUCUCUAAAAAAUUGAAUGAAACGGAACGAAGAUAUGACAUAAGAGAUAGAGAACUGUUGCUUAUUAAAACCCUGGUCUAGUAUAGCCAUGGAUUUCAUAGUGGAUCUACCUCCUUCCAAAAACCACUGGGUAAUUCUAACUAUCAUCGACAGAUUUUCCAAAAUGACCCAUCUUGUCCCUUUAAUUAAACUGCCUUCAUCCUCCGAACUGGCCACCGUGUUCAUAAGGGAGGUAGUUCAUUUACACGGUAUACCCGUGGAUAUAGUUUCGGACAGAGGUCCACAAUUUAUUUCCAGGUUUUGUAGAGCAUUCUGUAAUCAAUUGGGUAUCAGGCUUAAUCAUAUCAUCUUCAUAUCAUCCCCAAUCCAAUGGGGUUACAGAAAGGAUGAAUCAGUCACUCGAACAGUACAUUCGCUGUUUCACCACCGAUCACCAAGAUGAUUAGGUAGAAUUACUUCCGUGGGCUGAGUUUGCCCAUAAUAACGGAGUUCAUGAAUCUACUCAACAUAGUCCCUUUUAUAUAAAUUAUGGCUUUGACCCUGUUACUCUUCCGAGUUCCUUUUCACCCACUGCAGUGCCAAGUGUUGACUACGCUAUUAAGAUUAUGAAAGAAACUUGUCAAACGUAUCUUAUCUCAAAAGAGGGACACUCAAAAAUGUAAAGCGGACAAUCGGCGAAAAUUCGCUCCGAAUUAUAUAGUGGGGGAUAGAGUAUGGUUGAGUACACGCAAUAUUAGAUUAAAAGUCCCCUCUAUGAAAUUCGCUCCCCGUUUUAUUGGUCCUUUCAAAAUUCUCAAACUUAUUAAUCCUGUCUGUUACCGCCUGGAUUUGCCAGCUAGUAUGAGGAUACCCAAUUCCUUUCAUGUUUCUCUCCUUAAACCUUUAAUUUGUAACCGUUAUACUCGAAGGUCCUCAAGACCUCCUUCCUCACUCGCAGAUAGUCAAAAUGAAUACGAAGUGAAAUCUAUUUUGGACUCUCGUAUUUCAAAAGGUCGUCUCCAGUAUCUAUUGGAUUGGAAAGGGUACGGCCCCGAGGAAAGGUCGUGGGUGGAUGCCUCAGAUGUACACGCCCCUCGCCUGGUUCGUUCCUUUACUAGGCGUCGUACUCGCAAGCUGAGUCCUCCCAAGGGGGGGUACUGUAAUGAUAACUUACCUGUCUCCUCCGGAACCACGCCGCGCGGCGAUCUCCCCGGCUGCUUCCGGGAGGCGGAGCAGCCUGUCUGACGCUGGCCGCUCGCGGCAAAGCCCCUCUUAUGACCCGGCGCAUGUGCGCUGACGUCAUCGGGGUUUUGCCGCGAAAAUUCAAACGCGGCCACGCUCCCGGACUUUUUGGGGGUGUGGUCUUAAAGCUGAACACCACUCCCUAUAUAAGGGCGCCCCUGCCCUUUCCCAAGCGCCCUAGUGUGGUUCUGUAUUUGGUUCCCCUAGUGCUACUUAUACUCCUGUUUAUCUUUCUGGUAUUUUUGACCCUUGGCUUCCUCUCUGACUACUCUCCUCUCUGGUUUCCCGAAUUUUGGCUUGGUAAUUCUCGUUUAUUCCGUCUUCUGUACUCCAUUGACCUUCGGCUAUCCUUUUGACUAUUCUCGGAUGUUAAGCCCGGCCAUUCUAAGGACCGGUAUACGUCUCCUUUUGGGUUACACUCUACGUGAAGGGGUCACUGUCGUGACACUCCAGACUUCAAUGCAUUCAACAGUUCAAACGCCAUUCAACAGUUCAUUCGACAGUUUGACAAUUCGAAUGGUUGUCGUUCGUCUGUUUGAACUGACUUUAACAUGGGAAAUAUACCGACCGCACAGCCUGAUUCUCUGGAACUGUUUUGGGCAUGAAAAUGUGCUUGCGGUCGGUCAAACUUGACUUAUAUCUAUCUCCUGAACGGCUGAACGGAUUUGAAUGAUUUUUGGGUAUGUUUAUAUUUGAAAUGUGCUGAUUAAUAUGUAAUUUUUAUGAAGAUUGGAUGUAUAUUUUUAAAGUUAUAGUACAUAUAUAAAAACUGUAUUUUUCCUUCUUGUGAUAAUGUUAACCCAUUGUGUACCAUAAUUAUAUCACAGGCAGAGGGGAGGAUUUUGUGUAUAAUUGCUGGGAGUGUUUUCUGUAAUGUACGUGUGUUAUUGGUUGUUCUGUAAAACUCUGUGGGCAGUACUAUGUUUGUGGAUUGGGAAUAAAAGAGGCUGUAUGUGCCAGUCCAGGCAGUUCCUGCUUAACCCUCAAACAAAGUGUCGUCUCGUUAUUGGGGGAAUUGGAUUGUAUGCUGACUGCCAGGAGUGUAAACCUAUUCGCAUGGUUUUUCCUAUUCGGCUGUAUACAACAUUCAUAUGCUUGAGAGCAUUCAUAUGAUUUUCCGUUUCGGUGGUUGUGGUGUCUGCUGCAGUGCAUGGAGUCCUCACGAAGCGCUAGGAGCAUCCUUCAACGGAGGUACCCAGUCAGGGUGCCAGGUGAUCCGUUACACCGGGCAUAUAAUGCUGUGCAGAGGCUCAAGUAGAGCCGGUCGAGGUCCUCUAGGGGGUAAGUUUGCCUGGGUGCCUGUGCUCUCCCUCUUUGGUCUCUCCCAGGCGGCCAUCUUGAGUGUACCUCGGCAGUUUCGUGCUUCUGUGGGUCACGUCGCCGGGAAAGCCCUUCCGCAGUCUCGAUCUGCCUGAUCAGCAGGGACCAGGAUAACCCCCAUUGGUCCAGAGGGGUGUGGGGGCAGACCUGCAAACUCGCUGGGGGGAACCGGUGUCGGAGAGAGAGCGGCUGCCUCUCUCCGGCUCCAACGUCAGUUGGCCACACCUGGCUUUUCGUUCCCCUGACAGGCUCCAGUGAGGUAUUGUUCGAUUCAGGAGUGCACCCCGGUGAGUCCUUGGGCUAUGUAGCCGCCGAUUAUGCCCUGUAGUCUGCCCGAUUUUCAGGAGCUCUUGUCCCCUGCGUCUGUACAGCUAGGCGGUCAGGCUCCGCCCCCUUUCUCGAUUAUUAACCAUUGAUCUUCCACCUCUUUUCCAUUUAAUAAUUACGAUCUUGCACUCGAGGGCAUGUUUUUACCCUUUUCCAUUAUUAAAGAUGGACACUAAAACCUCUAAGAACGUUUACAACGUCAUGCAUCACGCCGGAAGACGAAAAUGACGUCAAAUGACCUUGCGAACCCGGAAGUAAGAUCAAAAUACACGUGGGAAAAGAGCUGAAUCUGGAUAUAAAGGAAGAUGCGGACAAACCGGAUUUAUGCACGUGAUAAAGACUCAUUUAUUAGUCGAAACGCGUUGUGCUUUUUUAAUGUUCUAUUUUAAUUAUAUUGUUUUAUGCUGUGAUAUCUCCUGCACUGUAAGCCCAAUAAAUAGUUUGCACUUACCAAAGUUUGGAUUGGAAAUCAUAUCUUUGGGAGAAGGUAGAACCAGGGAGCAAUUAUCUGGAGGUUCCAUACACUGAAAAGCCUUGAAAGUCUGAGCCUGCUAGUAAUUGGCUCAGCACCAUGUGAGUUUGACAAAAUGGUGUUUUUAAAAUACUGCAUUCUGUAAGAUAUUACGCUAUGAUUUGUACUAUAUGUUUUAUUGCAUAUUGCUAGCAGUUAUUAUUUUACCAUUCAAGACCGUACAGUGGUAGGUUUGCUCUCACCUAUUCACUUUAUUACUAUUAGUAUUUAUUGGGUGACAACUCUGGUGAUUGUAGCAUCGCUGUACCACUUUUUUAUUCCAUUACUAUAUUUUAUUUUGUUCUUAAUACAGUAUCUGAUCCAAUUAUUUCCCAGGCAGAGGGAAGGGAUUGUAUGCUAUGUGUGGGAGUGUUGUGCAUUUUAACUCUGUUGUUAUUGGUUUACAAGUUUGUGUCCCUGUCCCCAACAAGGUCCAUAUGGGUGUCACCCUUGCAUGGGGACUUGCAUAAAAGGCCAGCUGUGGCCUCCAUUAAACAGAAUGCUUUAUCCUUCAUGAAGUCUUGGCUCAUGUUUGGGGGAUUGGAAAACUACACACACUCUUGGGAUUGCUAUAUCAAUAUACUUUCCUGAGUAUAAUCACUAUCUCUUCUAAGAGCUGUACCUGCUACGCUCUCUGGGCUAGGAGAGGUCUAUUCACUGGAAGCUGGAUCUUGGUUUUGGGUCCAGAGUGGGUGGAGGAUGACGAGACCCCAACCAAGCUACAGUGCUUAUGGUGUUUUGGUGUGGUACUUAUGGUACUCAAGGAAGCAACAAUUUAUGGAGGUACCCGGUCGGGGUGCAAGGCGGUCCUUCACAGGGUUGAACACAUAAUCUAUGAGAAAACCUGAGACUGUCUGGAGGAUCCAGGGAUCCUGAGUUAGUUGGGACCACUGAGGGGAAAAAAUAGUUAGACGGCCUGAUAUAUGAACAUGUAAAUAAGGAAGGUUGUUUACCUGAAGCAAUACAUCCGCGUAGGGAAGCAGACCCACGUCCUCUGAUGGGACCUCUUGUCUGUAAUAAGGUCCUUGGUAUUGACCGUAGUUCCAAGGCUCGGUAGGUCAAGGCCUGUAGCCAGAGAAGGCUUGUCUUGCUGGUGGCUCGGCCUCUAUGGCGUCCGGCUCUCCCAUAUAAACGAUGGGAAUUGAAUACUCUACGGAGUGAUGAUUGGGCUUUAGUGAGGGAGUUGAUGUUUGUUAAGGUCUUUGAUAAAUUUGUCACCAAAUAUGAGGCCAUUAGCCUCAGGGCCCAGCUCUCGAGAGCCUAGUUCAGCUAGCGUGGCAUCUAUUUUGUAUAGAAUGGCUUUACGCCAUUCCGUGAAAAUGGCUACGUUAGCAUUGCCUAAUAGACAAAGGGCACUUUGCACCCAUUCACGAUUCAGGCGUGGGUCAAUUGAGUUGUCUGCUAAAACAUCUGUUAGAGGUUAAGAGGUUAAAAACCGUUUAGGCGAUAUUCCCCUUUUUCAGCUGCACCGACAGCUACUGCAAGCACCAAUCUCCUGAACUGCAAACCCACAAAUUCACCAACUCCCGAACUGCAUACCAAGGGAAUACUCGAAACUCCCGAACUUGAGACACACGAAUAGCUGCUAGUAGACGAACAGGAAAAACCAUGCAAAUAGGUUUACACUCCUAGCAGUCAAACUGGAACAGCAUACAAUAAAUCCUCCCCCAAUAAUGAGACGACACUUCACUUUGAGGGUUAAGCAGGAACUGAUUUACUGGGGCUAACUGCCCGGCUUUUAUGCAGGUCUCCCACCCGCAUCACAAUCCCUCCUCUCUGCUCUGGAGAUAAUUGAGAAGUAAUUCAAUUAUCUCCAAAGACAGAGGCAAAACUCCAUUAACCACAUGGCAGAAAACAAACAGUAACAGACAUAAAAUAACCUACAGUUACAUUCAGUACAUAAAACAUAUACGUUCUACAUAUCCCCAGAUAGCUCAGGUCUGAGCACACUUUAUUAAGCGAAUGGCGCUCAGACCGCACGAAUACAGUUUAAUCGCCAUGGAGCCAAAGUCUUUACACAGUCAGUUUCAUGCGAAUGGGCUCCAUGGGAUUCCUAUCUGGGGUACAACACACUCAAACAAAACUACCGAACACCGGGCCAUUCGUGCACUUUCACUGAACAAGAAGAGAGGUCGGCGGCUUCAGCGGUGUUCGCGCAGAAAUGUGUCGGAUUUCAGUUCCAUGAAUUAAUCGUUGAACACCGCUGUGCAUUCGCAUGUUUAAAAUGGCCGCGACCUCGUGUUCGUGAUACGAAUGGCGGCCACCCAGCAUUCGUCAAUUAAGCUGCGGUUAACCGCAGCUUCAGGGAGGUUAAUUGCCGGCAUACUCCAGCUCCCAGGUGGUCUAUUCAUUCGUGCCGAAAAGCACGAAUAAGUCUUUUCUGCAUGGAAAAAGAUGUCUUUUAACAUGGGGCCAUAGUCCAAAGGCAGCAGGCGAGCAACCAGGCUUCUCCAGUGUACAGUGGCGAGGUUGGUUUCGCCACACUUCUCCCCUUUACCAAUCAGACUAACAGGGUAUCUGACCUCAUGCCGGUCAGUGCCCUUGUUAGUCCUGCAGCCCACCCACAAAACACAAUCAGUAAUACAGUCCACCCACAAGAACUGGUUGUAAGGGAUCACCUUGCACCCCGACUGGGUACCUCCGUUAAAGGAUGCUCCUAGCGUUUCCUGAGGACUCCAAGCACUCUGGCAGACACCACAAUCACCGAACCGGAGAAGCGUAUACCUUCUCUCAAGCAUAUGAAUUUUGUAUACAGCCGAAUAGGAAAAACCAUGCGAAUAGGUUUACACUCCUAGCAGUCAAACUGGAACAGAAUACCAUGAAUCCUCCCCCAAUAAUGAGACGAUACUUCACUUUGAGGGUUAAACAGGAACUUUGUGCUGGCACACCCAGCCUGGUUCUUAUUACAGCCUUUCACAUACAGGACCGCCCACAGGGAGGUAUAAAACAACCAAUCACAUAUCAGUUACAUCCCACAUAUUCCCUCCCCUUAUCCUGAGAGGAAACUCAAUUACACAUACAGUUAAAACAUACUUUCUACCCAACUUUCAUAACUUUAAAACCAUACAUCACACAAAAGCACACACAGACACACUCAGAACAGGAGGAACACCUCUCAUACACGCGAAGGUACGGGAAUGCACAUCCCACAAGACCCCACAAAAUCUCUGUUAAUCGACAAACAAAUGUACUAACUGUGAAUCUUUGUGGUUUUUGCUGUGUAUGACGGUACCCCCUCUACGCUCUCUCUUUGUUCUGUAAUCUCAUAUAGGUCAUAAAUAAAGAAUUUAUAAAAAAAAAAAAAAAAAACAUACAUCACAUUCACAUAAAAUUACAUAUUCACAAUCAAUCCAUUCAGGGGAACAACAUAUUAAAAAAUGGCAUGAAUCCGAACAGGGGUUCAAAAGUUAGUAAAAGUAUCUUUUGGGCCCUGGCUGGCACAUGGUUAUCUGGCUCACACAGGUUUUACAGAGCCCUCUAUCCUGGAGAAAAUGGGGGAAAGUAAUCCAAUUAUCCAGGGAUAGAGGCAGACUCCAUUGAGCACAUGGUUGCAAAAAGACAUAAAACACUUUAAAAUACAUAUAGUCACCUUUUACACAUAACACACAGACAUUUCACAUAUCCCCAGAUUGCUGGGAUCUGAGCGCACAAAACUACCGAAUAGCGCUCAGAUCCUAUUCACACAGUUCAAUUGCCAUGGAGCCGAAGUCUUUAACUACACGAAUGGGCUCCAUGGAAUCUGGGUUAACACAUUCACAUAAAGUCUGGUCCAUAGUCCAAAGGCAAGAGGCGGGCAAGCAGCCCCCUCCAAGGACACGUGGCGAGGUCGGUUUCGCCACACUGGUUACUACACCUAGGUAGAGGAGAACGUUGUCCAUGUCCAGGCGCCUCACCAUGGCUGUGUGGGUGACUGGUAAGCGGACUGGGUGGGUUGCUGAGUGGGCAGAGACCAGCGGUACUCUGUCCUGGUGCCAGCACUACCACGGGAGUAGUCUGGUUGGAGCCUAGUUGCUGGAGGGGAAGACCGACUGUCUCCCCUUUGGCUAAACAGCCCUGUCGCUGGGGGGCAAAACCGACCGUCCUUACACCCUGUGCUGUAAGUGCAGAGACCACGGUCCCAUCUGCACAGUUGUGGGGCUUCUCAUCUCCCCUUGGUGGGCUAGGCCGCCGCUGGGAAGUAUUCUCCCCUCCUGGUAGAAUACUCUGCCGCUGGGGAGCCGGACCGGUGGUCCAUACUCCCUGUAGCUUGGGUGCAGAGACCACAGUCCUAUCUGCGCCGGUGGGGAGCUUAAUGUCUCUCCUUGGUGGGCUACGCUGCCGCUGUGGAGAGGGGGCAACAAGCUCUUCUCCCUGACACUCUCCCUGCUGGGUGAGAGGGGAACCGACUGUCUCCCCUUUCAAUAUAUUGUCCUGCCGCUGGGGAGGGAGGACGGUACCUUCGGCUCCCUGGGAAUCACUUGACUGCUGAGGAGAGGGACCAACUGUCUCCUCUCCUAAGAACACACACGGCCGCUGGGGAGGACGGACGACACCUUCAGCUCCCUGGGACACACACUGCCGCUGGGGAGGAAGGACGACACCUUCAGCUCCCUGGGACACACACUGCCGCUGGGGAGGAAGGACGACACCUUCAACUCCCUGGGGGACACACUGCCGCUGGGGAGGAAGGACGACACCUUCAGCUCCCUGGGACACACACUGCCGCUGGGGAGGAAGGAAGACACCUUCAGCUCCCUGGGGGACACACUGCCGCUGGGGAGGAAGGACGACACCUUCAGCUCCCUGGGGGACACACUGCCGCUGGGGAGGAAGGACGACACCUUCAGCUCCCUGGGACACACCCUGCCGCUGGGGAGGAAGGAUGACACGCUUCUCUCUCUGUAACUUGCUUGGCCAACUGCCCGGUUUUUAUGCAAGUCUUCCACCUGGUGGACACUCCCCAUAGGGACCAAAUGGGAGACUGGGACACAAAGGGUAAAAGGACCAAUCACAGACUUACACAUUUCAACCAUCCCACAAUGCAUCACAAUCCCUCCUCUCUGCUCUGGAGAUAAUUGAGAAGAGGCAAAACUCCAUUAACCACAUGGCAGAAAACCAACAGUAAAAGACAUAAAAUCACCUACAGUUACAUUCAGUACAUAAAACAUAUACGUUCUACAUAUCCCCAGAUAGCUCAGGUCUGAGCACACUUUAUUAAGCGAAUGGCGCUCAGACCGCACGAAUACAGUUUAAUCGCCAUGGAGCCAAAGUCUUUACACAGUCAGUUUCAUGCGAAUGGGCUCCAUGGGAUUCCUAUCUGGGGUACAACACACUCAAACAAAACUACCGAACACCGGGCCGUUCGUGGACUUUCACCAAACAAGAAGGGAGGUCGGCGGCUUCAGCGGUGUUCGCGCAAAACUGUGUCCGAUUUCAGUUCCAUGAAUUAAGCGUCGAACACCGCUGUGCAUUCGCAUGUUUAAAAUGGCCGCGACCUCGUGUUCGUGAUACGAAUGGCGGCCACCCAGCAUUCGUCAAUUAAGCUGCGGUUAACCGCAGCUUCAGGGAGGUUAAUUGCCGGCACACUCCAGCUCCCAGGUGGUCUAUUCAUUCGUGCGGUUGUUCGGUAGAUUGAAUCUACCGAACACCCGGCAGAAAACACGAAUAAGUCUUUUCUGCAUGGAAAAAGAUGUCUUAACAUGGGGCCAUAGUCCAAAGGCAGCAGGCGAGCAACCAGGCUUCUCCAGUGUACAGUGGCGAGGUUGGUUUCGCCACAGCAUCUUCAGCUAAAAUGAAGAUCUGAAUAAGUGGCCUUGCAAUAUUGAGCAAUUUAUGCCCUUACAAAGGUCUUUACCCAAUCUUGUAAGGAAUGUGAUCAGAAUAGGGUCAAACUUGGGUGUGUGAGCAACUUUGUCUGGGAUAAUUGGGUGAGUACAUUCGGCUCUGAGUUUGAGUUUAUUUCUGACCUUUUUAUCCAGGGGUUUACGUAACCAUAGUUUGCACAACUGAGCAAUAUGCUCAGGUGGGGCCCAUUUGGCUGAGCGAGGGUACUUAAUCAGUCUUGUGUCAAAAUAGGGUUUGCCCUGGUAGUCCAGCAGAGUCUUGUGGGACUGUCUUGCUGUGAAUUGGUAGUUGAGUUCUGUGACUGAUCAAUGAUAGUCUCUCUGACAUACUGGGAUUGAGCGUUGGCUCUGUUAUCGAAGGGAAGGUCGUCAUCAGAAUAACCAGCAUUAUACUCGUCCACGAUCUGUAGACCAUGUGACAAAAAGCCCUCUAAAAGGGUCUAGGUCAGGAAGCCGUGGUAGGGAAGAAUGGGCUAAUCUUGGAGACUUCGCUGGCGCCUUGCCUUUGCCAGCAGAUGUGCUGUCACCCUUCCAGGGGCGUUUGUGGGGAGCACCCUCAUUAUCAGAUGGAUCAGAGAGGCGUCGUAAUGUUACCUUGGGAACUGGAUUAGGUUGUUACUGUAGGGCAACAAGGGCCUUCGGGAUUGACUCUGCAAUAGUAGAAAAGAGCCAGGCUUUAAGUUUAGCCGAAAUAGAGGCAACUUGUAGGUCAGACAUAUUAUCAAUAUUAGUAACAGGGACAUCGGCGCUGUAUUCAGGUAAGUGGCUAAAGCGGUGCCCCGAGGGAGGAGGGCACUCCAGGAGCCUAUAAUGCCAGGAAAACAGGUUUGUUAUCCUGGCACUAUAGGAUCCCUUUAAUAGCAGUGUAAUUGGAGUAGACUCACCUGGGAGGCAAGCAGCAAAGAAAGUGGGAGGAACUUCAUUAGCCAUUGUUACUGAUACCUUCUAUGUGAUUUGUUGACUUUUAUUUUACACUGUUACCCAUUUCUUUGCUGCUGGGAGGUUUUGAGUUAAAAAAAAGUAAAGCAAAUAUUAAGCCAUAAAGUUAGGUACAUUUGCUAAAUUCGAAUGUAUGGGAUGCACAGCCCAUUCCAUGCACCAAUUAAACCAAAUUUUCCAGGCUGAUCCGUAACUUGCACUUGCCUGGUGCCCAUGUUUCUGCGAGAAUGUUUCUAGUUAUAUCCGAAAAUUCUCUAUGAGAUUCGUGUGACCCGAGAUAAGGGAGGCUAUUAGAGGUAGUUGGUCUGAUAUCACCAGGGGGUGAAGAUUCCUGUCUGAAUCGCAAAGACAAUCCCGACGCAUUUGUAUGAGUCUUUGAUAAUCUAUCCACAUGCUGGUAAAGAAAGUUAAUGCAUAAUAAAAGCCUUGUUAUGAAAUUAGUUUUGUAACAUAUAAUGUAAAAGAAAUUCCUGGCUAGUUGGGCGGUAUGAUUUAAUGAUUCACAUGUUAGUUAACGGAUAGAAGUGAUCAGUGCUGGGAGUUUGAAUACAGGGCGUAUAUGUGUUUUAUUGUUGUAUUGUGUAGCUUUGUUACAGUACUGCCCUAUUAACCCCUUAAGGACCAAACUUCUGGAAUUGAAGGGAAUCAUGACAUGUCACACAUGUCAUGUGUCCUUAAGGGGUUAAAGAAACACUCCAAGCACCAUAACCACUACAGUCCCAUGGCACCCACCCAGAGUAAGUAGUCAGAUUUACCUGGAUCCCGUCGGAAUCUAUGUGUUCGUCCUUUUCUUGGUUCUGUCUUUUUUGUUUUUUCACCAUUUCCCUUGUUCUGUGCUUCAGGUAUCUACCAUCACUAUUGAGAACCACGUUAUGCUUGAGAAGUCUUUGCUUAGUGCUUCAGACGAUGCUUCUCAGGGCACUGAGACCAGAUGCCAGACUCCUGCACGGUGAGUCUGGAAGCUUUCUUUCUAUUGCUGCUGUGUGUACGUUUAAUUUUUUUUUUUUAUUCUUCCUUCAUCAGGAAUGUGUAUAUGUUAUUGUAUACAGUGUGAAUAAUAGUAAGCUCACUCUGUAUUGGGGUUCUCCCAGCAGCUUCUCAUUCCAUACAGUGUGAAUAAUAGUAAGCUCACUCUGUAUUGGGGUUCUACCAGCAGCUUCUCAUUCCAUACAGUGUGAAUAAUAGUAAGCUCACUCUGUAUUGGGGUUCUACCAGCAGCUUCCCAUUCCAUACAGUGUGAAUAAUAGUAAGCUCACUCUGUAUUGGGGUUCUACCAGCAGCUUCUCAUUCCAUACAGUGUGAAUAAUAGUAAGCUUACUCUGUAUUGGGGUUCUACCAGCAGCUUCUCAUUCCAUACAGUGUGAAUAAUAGUAAGCUCACUCUGUAUUGGGGUUCUCCCAGCAGCUUCUCAUUCCAUACAGUGUGAAUAAUAGUAAGCUCACUCUGUAUUGGGGUUCUACCAGCAGCUUCUCAUUCCAUACAGUGUGAAUAAUAGUAAGCUUACUCUGUAUUGGGGUUCUACCAGCAGCUUCUCAUUCCAUACAGUGUGAAUAAUAGUAAGCUCACUCUGUAUUGGGGUUCUACCAGCAGCUUCUCAUUCCAUACAGUGUGAAUAAUAGUAAGCUCACUCUGUAUUGGGGUUCUACCAGCAGCUUCUCAUUCCAUACAGUGUGAAUAAUAGUAAGCUUACUCUGUAUUGCGGUUCUACCAGCAGCUUCCCAUUCCAUACAGUGUGAAUAAUAGUAAGUUCACUCUGUAUUGGGGUUCUCCCAGCAGCUUCUCAUUCCAUACAGUGUGAAUAAUAGUAAGCUUACUCUGUAUUGGGGUUCUACCAGCAGCUUCCCAUUCCAUACUGUGUGAAUAAUAGUAAGCUUACUCUGUAUUGGGGUUCUACCAGCCGCUUCUCAUUCCAUACAGUGUGAAUAAUAGUAAGCUUACUCUGCAUUGGGGUUCUACCAGCAGCUUCUCAUUCCAUACAGUGUGAAUAAUAGUAAGCUCACUCUGUAUUGGGGUUCUACCAGCAGCUUCUCAUUCCAUAAAGUGUGAAUAAUAGUAAGCUUACUCUGUAUUGGGGUUCUACCAGCAGCUUCUCAUUCCAUACAGUGUGAAUAAUAGUAAGCUCACUCUGUAUUGGGGUUCUACCAGCAGCUUCUCAUUCCAUACAGUGUGAAUAAUAGUAAGCUCACUCUGUAUUGGGGCUCUCCCAGCAGCUUCUCAUUCCAUACUGUGUGAAUAAUACAGGGAGUGCAGAAUUAUUAGGCAAGUUGUAUUUUUGAGGAUUAAUUUUAUUAUUGAACAACAACCAUGUUCUCAAUGAACCCAAAAAACUCAUUAAUAUCAAAGCUGAAUAUUUUUGGAAGUAGUUUUUAGUUUGUUUUUAGUUUUAGCUAUGUUAGGGGAUAUCUGUGUGUGCAGGUGACUAUUACUGUGCAUAAUUAUUAGGCAACUUAACAAAAAACAAAUAUAUACCCAUUUCAAUUAUUUAUUAUUACCAGUGAAACCAAUAUAACAUCUCAACAUUCACAAAUAUACAUUUCUGACAUUCAAAAACAAAACAAAAACAAAUCAGUGACCAAUAUAGCCACCUUUCUUUGCAAGGACACUCAAAAGCCUGCCAUCCAUGGAUUCUGUCAGUGUUUUGAUCUGUUCACCAUCAACAUUGCGUGCAGCAGCAACCACAGCCUCCCAGACACUGUUCAGAGAGGUGUACUGUUUUCCCUCCUUGUAAAUCUCACAUUUGAUGAUGGACCACAGGUUCUCAGUGGGGUUCAGAUCAGGUGAACAAGGAGGCCAUGUCAUUAGAUUUUCUUCUUUUAUACCCUUUCUUGCCAGCCACGCUGUGGAGUACUUGGACCCGUGUGAUGGAGCAUUGUCCUGCAUGAAAAUCAUGUUUUUCUUGAAGGAUGCAGACUUCUUCCUGUACCACUGCUUGAAGAAGGUGUCUUCCAGGAACUGGCAGUAGGACUGUGGAGUUGAGCUUGACUCCAUCCUCAACCCGAAAAGGCCCCACAAGCUCAUCUUUGAUGAUACCAGCCCAAACCAGUACUCCACCUCCACCUUGCUGGCGUCUGAGUCGGACUGGAGCUCUCUGCCCUUUACCAAUCCAGCCACGGGCCCAUCCAUCUGGCCCAUCAAGACUCACUCUCAUUUCAUCAGUCCAUAAAACCUUAGAAAAAUCAGUCUUGAGAUAUUUCUUGGCCCAGUCUUGACGUUUCAGCUUGUGUGUCUUGUUCAGUGGUGGUCGUCUUUCAGCCUUUCUUACCUUGGCCAUGUCUCUGAGUAUUGCACACCUUGUGCUUUUGGGCACUCCAGUGAUGUUGCAGCUCUGAAAUAUGGCCAAACUGGUGGCAAGUGGCAUCGUGGCAGCUGCACGCUUGACUUUUCUCAGUUCAUGGGCAGUUAUUUUGCGCCUUGGUUUUUCCACACGCUUCUUGCGACCCUGUUUACUAUUUUGAAUGAAACGCUUGAUUGUUCGAUGAUCACGCUUCAGAAGCUUUGCAAUUUUAAGAGUGCUGCAUCCCUCUGCAAGAUAUCUCACUAUUUUUGACUUUUCUGAGCCUGUCAAGUCCUUCUUUUGACCCAUUUUGCCAAAGGAAAGGAAGUUGCCUAAUAAUUAUGCACACCUGAUAUAGGGUGUUGAUGUCAUUAGACCACAACCCUUCUCAUUACAGAGAUGCACAUCACCUAAUAUGCUUAAUUGGUAGUAGGCUUUCGAGCCUAUACAGCUUGGAGUAAGACAACAUGCAUAAAGAGGAUGAUGAUGUCAAAAUACUCAUUUGCCUAAUAAUUCUGCACUCCCUGUAGUAAGCUCACUCUGUAUUGGGGUUCUACCAGCAGCUUCUCAUUCCAUACAGUGUGAAUAAUAAUAAGCUCACUCUGUAUUGGGGUUCUACCAGCAGCUUCUCAUUCCAUACAGUGUGAAAAUGGUCAGAGCUGUGGCAACUGACAUUUAAUGUGGAUAAGUGCAAGUUAAAAACCCAAGGGCAGAGUACAAAAUAUUUGAUAGUCUGUAACGGACCGUUUUGCCCACAAGCGGUUAAAAACCAUUUAGGCGAUAUUCCCCUUUCUCAGCUACACCGACAGCUACUGUAAGCACCGAUCUCCCGAACUGGAACCACAUGAACACUGGAAAUAUCCGAACAGGAAAACCAUACGAAAGGGUUACACUCCUGGCAGUCAGCAUACAAUCCAAUUCCCCCAAUAACGAGACGACACUUCGUUUUGAGGGUUAAGCAGAAUCUGACUGUACUGGCACAUACAGCCUCUUUUAUUCCCAAUCCACAAAUUUAGUACUGCCCACAGGGUUUUACAGAACAACCAAUCAAUCUCUACAAUACACACAGACACUCCCACACAAAAUCCUCCCCUCUGCCUGUGAUAUGAUUACUGAGCACAAUGGGUAAUAUAAUUGUGGCAAACCUAGCCACUUGGGACUGCCUAAGAUAGAAUGGUUGUGCCUAUUUUCUGUUGUGUACUGCGCGCCGGUAUAGUGUGGUGUCUCCGGCUAUGUUUAAUUUAUGCUGUACUGUGUAUGUCUGUUCGAAUCCUCCCCAUUCGUUAGCAUUGCUAUUAAAACUGACUAAGUUGUAUAUUUUGAAGUAGAAAGGUAGCGGUUUAUGUCCUCGUAGUUUUCAUUACUGUAUGUUACAGCAGGGGCUGUUGGGAGGAGGACCUGGAAACGGUAGUCUCCCUCCAGUCCCCUCAACCAAAACCCCUGCUGCCCAUCUUUGGGAACCCCUGUUGAGUGACCUGCUUUAAAUAUCAGUUAUUUUUAAUAAAGUGACAGUUGAGUGACCUGCUUUAAAUAUCAGUCUUUUUGAAUAAAGUGGCAGUUGACUCUCAGACUGUGUUUUGUCUGGUUCUUGGGAGGAUUUGGGAAUAUUGCCUGCUUCCAGCUUUGUACUUGGUUAUUGCAUUCUACCAGCAGAGAUCCUGGGAUUAUAAAAUUGCAGCUCUGCAACAAUAAUUAUCACAGACAGAGAAAUACAGUUUCAUAAAACACAUCACAGGGACCCCAAAACAUGCAAUAACCCCAUAAGUAUAUCCUUGGAACCGGGGAAUCUGGGUGAACCACAUAUCCAAAAUUCACCCAGAUCCGUUCAGUACUUUGGAAGAUACAGUUUAAUGCAGAUUCUGCAGAACAUAUACAGGCUAAAUGAAAAACAAUCACUGUAUAAUGUGUCCCCUGCUGUAUAGUCCAAAACCACCGCACGAUGUCUCUGUGCAACAAAUACUGGCGAGAUGGCACCGUGUUGAAAAGUCCAAACAGUGUCUGUGAGUUAAAAUGGCCGAUAUCCAUUGUUCUCACCAUGUGCCUCUGAUACAGGAAAUGGUGGCCACCCAGUAACUCCACAGUAUGUCCCCAGAUGGUUCGUAAAGGACCAGCAGCAGCACAACACAAAUCCAUUAUGCCCAAAUCAUGUCUUUAAAGGGCAAUACAUCCCAGGGGCCAUAGUCACAUGGCAGGAGGCUGGCAAUCAGUCUUCUCCAAUGCCCAAUGGCGAGGUCGGUUUCGCCACAGGGUCCUAACCUCAACAUCUGAGGAAAGGGAUUUAGGGGUGAUUGUUUCACAUGACUUAAAGGGACUCUCCAGUUCCAGGAAAACAAACCCGAUACUGUAGAGAGAGUUCAGAGAAGGGCUAACCAAGAACUGUUUUAUGGAUUGCAGGAUAAAACGUACAAGGAAAGGUUAACUUUAACAUGUAUAGCUUGGAGGAAAGACGAGACAGGGGGGGAUAUGAUAGAAACAUUUAAAUAUAUAAAGGGAAUCAACACAGUAAAGGAGGAGACUAAAUUUAAAAGAAGAAAAACUACCACAACAAGAGGACAUAGUCUUAAAUUAGGGACAAAGGUUUAAAAAUAAUAUCAGGAAGUAUUACUUUACUGAGAGGGUAGUGGAUGCAUGGAAUAGCCUUCCAGCUGAAGUGGUAGAGGUUAACACAGUAAAGGAGUUUAAGCAUGCGUGGGAUAGGCAUAAGGCUAUCCUAACUAUAAGAUAAGGCCAGGGACCAAUAAAAGUAUUUAGAAAAUUGGGCAGACUAGAAAGGUUAAACCCAACUUUAAAUAACUUGAUUCACUGAGAUCAAAUUGGUUUUAUUACAAACAGAUUCUCAGGAUCACACUUAUAAACAUAAUGGACUCAGUCGACAAGUCUGGUGUUCCCCUGCUGACUCAGUCGAUUGAUGCUGAAAAAGCAUUCAAAAGAGUCAGCUGUGGAUUUAUGAGCAAAUCGUUCCAAAGAUUUGGUUUAGAGGGCUGGAUGCAUUAAACAUUCUCUAUUCGCGAGAACUGUUAGACUUGGUAUUUUAUCAUCCUGGUUUUUUACUAAAUAACAGAAGAGGAAAGGACUGCCCACUUUCCCCACUUUUCUAUAUUAUAUCAGAAAUGUGCAGUGCUAACUCAUGUCAUAUUAUUGUUCCUGUUGUAAAUCAUAUAUACUGUUGUGGCAUCGUACGCAUGUGUGGCAAACCUAGCCACUUGAACUAUAAUUAGAGACUGUGCCUUUAAGGGUUGCCUACAGGUCUGGGGAGAUAUGCGCUUUAUUCUUAUGUAUGUGCUUGAUGUAUUUUCUGCAGAGACUGUAAUUACCUGUUUUGCCGAAUGCCAAUGGCAGUUUGUAUGGGGAUUCCCGUUCGAUUCACGAACGGCACUUUGGAGGGCCGUUCGUGAAACGAACGCGAUACCCCCUAAUAGCCCACACACUUAGAGGCGUGUGGCGCUAGUUAACAAUGUUGCAAUCGGUAAUUAGAGGCUCUCCUGGGUGGCCGUCGUUCGACUACCGACCAUACGGCGGUCGGCCAUCUUGGAUCCUUUGUUCCCUCAGCGGGGUUAUGUCGUCGAGCGCCUGGUACUAAAAAUGGCUACCCGACGGCAUGAGCCCCGCUGAACCUCCAGGACGUUCGGGAGUUUCGGGACAUUCGGUAUUUUGUUCCCUAAAUGCAAUCGGUUCUUUUUAUAUAUUUUAUACAAAUUGUGUUGUUCGUGCGGCGUUCGGUUAUUUUAGCUGGGAUCUGAGCGGUAAUCUCACCAAUGAUACCCUCAGACCCCAGCUAUCUACCGAACGUCCAUUCGUGUAAAUCCACUGUAUAUUCACCAAGUUAUGGAUUUUUAUAUGAAUUGCCGGUUCUGCUGCACGAGGGGAUAAUCCCCUUAACGGUGCAUUCUGGGAGGAUGAUCCCUCUCGUGCAGCGGUGCCUGAUGGGAGAAAUAUGUUGUACUGUAAGUCCCCCAUGUAGUCCCCUCUGGGAGUGCCCCUGGGGAGGGACUCAGGAAACCCCUUGCAUGGGGACUUGUAUAAAUUGUCUUGCCGAUUAAAAGGAUUUCAGUUGACUCCCAAAACUGUGUCUCGUCCGGUUAUUGGGAGGUUGGGGAUAUUGCCUUGUUGUUUUCAGCGCUUGACUGUGGAUUCGUUUCUGGACCAGCGGAAUUCGUGGAUUUAUUAUUGGCGUUCCGCUACAGCAUGUAUGUCAAUCCCUUGCAUAAAAAAAAAAAAAAAGAAUAAAGGAGGUCUCAGAUUCCCAAACAUAAGGAAACUAUAUCAAUCUAGUAUGCCAACACAUAUUUAUCGAUUAUAAAUCUAUUCUCCAGAAUUAGUAGGCUGGCAAGACAUAGAAAUAAAAUGCUACAGGAUGUACAAAUUUAUCCUCCAUUAUGUGGAAUACAAAAGAAAAGCAGUUGGUAUCGUAUUUCAAGGACCACUAUAGUGCCAGGAAAACACUCGUUUUCCUGGCACUAUAGUGCCCUAAGGAUGCCCCCACCAUCAGGGUCCCCCUCCCGCCAGGCUCUAGGGAGAGGAAGGGGUUAAACUUACCUCUUUCUCCAGCGCCGGGCGGGGAGCUCUUCUUCCGUCACCGGCUGAAUGCGCAUGCGCGUCAAUAGCCGCGCGCGCAUUCAGACAGUCUAUAGGAAAGCAUUAUCAAUGCUUUCCUAUGGACGCUGGCGUCUUCUCAUUGUGAAAAUCACAGUGAGAAGCAUGGAAGCGCCUCUAGCAGCUGUCAAUGAGACAGCCACUAGAGGCUGGAUUAACCCAUAGUUAAACAUAGCAGUUUCUCUGAAACUGUUAUGUUUACAGAAAAAAGGGUUAAUCCUAGCUAGACCUGGCACCCAGACCACUUCAUUAAGAUGAAGCGGUCUUGGGUGCCGAUAGUGGUCCUUUAAAGAACAAGACUAAAAUGUUAAAGGAACACUAUAGUCACCUAAAUUACUUUAGCUAAAUAAAGCAGUUUUAGUGUAUAGAUCAUUUCACUGCUCAAUUCACUGUCAUUUAGGAGUUAAAUCACUUUGUUUCUGUUUAGGCAGCCCUAGCCACACCUCCCCUGGCUAUGAUUGACAGAGCCUGCAUGAAAAAAAAAAUGGUUUCACUUUCAAACAGAUGUAAUUUACCUUAAAUAAUUGUAUCUCAAUCUCUAAAUUGAACUUUAAUCACAUACAGGAGGCUCUUGCAAGGUCUAGCAAGCUAUUAACAUAGCAGGGGAUAAGAAAAUCUUAAACAGAACUUGCAAUAAAGAAAGCCUAAAUAGGGCUCUCUUUACAGGAAGUGUUUAUGGAAGGCUGUGCAAGUCACAUGCAGGGAGGUGUGACUAGGGGUCAUAAACAAAGGGAUUUAUUUCCUAAAUGGCAGAGGAUCGAGUAGUGAGGCUGCAGGGGCAUGUUCUAUACACCAAAACUGCUUCAUUAAGCUAAAGUUGUUCAGGUGACUAUAGUGUCCCUUUAAGCCAGACAUAAGAGGUACGUAUCAACAUUAAAAAAAACUAAAUAAUUCCUUCAAAGAUCGUUUUAACACUAAAAGUUGAUAUUUUGCAAUCAAUAACAGAAGAUCUAAAUCAGAAACUAUGGAAACAAAAAGGAAUUGAUAGAAUUUGCCAUCUUAUUAAAUUAAGCAUUUGCAGAUUUAUAAGACGAAUAUGAUCUCCAUAAUUCUCAGAUCUUUAAUUAUCUAAGGGUGAAAAAUAUUCUAAAUAAAAAUUUAGUUCAAGAACACAAUUUCAAUUUCCAAAUGUAAAAAAAAUAUUUUAAAAAACUAACUAUUCAAGAACUGAAAAAAUACUUUCAAAGACAAGUAAUUAGAUUGCGAGUAUCGAGAUCCCAGAUAAAAUUCAUGUUAUGGCUAAAUGGGAAAAUGAUUUAUUAAUAGAGAAAGGCGAAGAAUGGAUAAAACCAUUAACUAUUUCAUCAUUGAUAGUUUGUCUAAAUUUAACAGAAAUGCAAUAUAAGAUAGCCAAUGGGUGGUACUGGGCCCCAAUCGAACAUCAAAGAUUUCCCCCAAUCAGUCAAAUUUAUGUUGAAGAUGCAAUAAGUCAAAGGGAACAUAUACACAUAUGGUGGGACUGUGAAUUGGUUAAAGAAAUAUGGUUUAAGUCUUAUGAAGGUUUGUUUUUGUAAAAUAUCUAGUUUUUGAUAUAUCAGACUGGUCAUACCCAUGAGGACAGUUCAGAUCCCAAAUAUUGGCAAGUUCCCUCUAUAUGGGUGGUUCUGUUACCGAUUACCUUUUUAACUCAGGGAGACCCUAAGCAAGAAGUCAAACCCCUGUGCCCGGGGGGGUGUUAGUCACAGCUCUUUGAUAUUGUCUGGGAUUGCUGAAUGUUUUUUGUUGAGGGAAUCCACCAAUAUUUCAGAUCUAGAUCAUCCUUUAAGGAAGGAUCAAACAAAUACACUAAUGGAUUAGGUUCUUCUGUAAUGACAAAUUGAGUUAAAACUAGCUUAAGGAUACAGCAAGACCCACUACAUUGCAAGUUGUUGGAACUUUUCAUUAUUUUCUUGCGGUCUCUUUGGGUAUCUUUGGAAAAUGGCUAAGGUACAUGGUAAUACAGCUCACUGUGCCUAAAAGGUUAUCAGCUACACCUCACUGAUGAGGCCCAUCAAGGCUGAAGUGGGUCACUGUAUCUCUCGUGCAGAGGGGACAGACAGCAUUUCAGAUUUGGACUGCCCUAUGGGUAGGUUCAAUUUGAUAUGCAUAUAAUGUAAGUUCUUUCUGGAAGAUUGAGAGAAGCUCCCAGACCGGUCUGUUCUCAGUAUUCUUUUGCAUUCUGGUGUGUCUGCAGAUUGCCUCGGAUCGUCCUAAGGUAAAAACCAUAUGUGAAAUCCAUGCUCACUAUGGUGGAGAGGCAAGGUGCUCAGAUUCUGGCCUGGACUCUGAAAUGUGAUUGGGGUCGCAAUCAGAACAUGUGUUUCUCAGUAAUGGUGGUGCUGUAGGCGUGUUUUGAAAUUAGGGAUACACCACAAUAUUGGGUUACUUUGACAGAGUUUGGCUUGAACACAGUAUAACUGUGAGGUUACUUUAUGGUGGAUUUAGUCUGAUUAAAAGGAUUUAGGUUCUCUCUGUACAAACUAGGAACUGAACAAUGCCCCAGCCAACUGCUUUUUUUUUUUUUUUUAGCUCUUGUCUGCUCUCAAUAUCCUCUCGGACUCUAAUAAAACAGUUUUUGGAUGUCUUAAGCCCCCCUUGUAAAAAUAAAUACAAAUAAAGAAAUAAAAUGUAAACUUACCUGUGAUCAUACGCAGAGGCCAAGCCCUCUCUGGUAACUUCACUCCCCCUAUAUGUGCUUGGGUUGUCUCUCCACCAGUGUUGAUGGUCUGCAUCUCUCUCCCACUAAUUGUUGGACAUUCACCUGAUAAACUGUUAACCUUUCUCUUUCAGUCUGCAUUCUGCUCAGUCUAGUGCUCCAGCAUUUCCUUGCCGGUAUAAUCACCACAGUCACGUUCAGUCUCAUGAUGCACUGCACCCAGCAAGCGGAUAAAUCCAUCCAGGUGAGGUGGGAUGUUCCUGGCUUUGAAAUUAAAGGGACACUUUAGUCACCAAAACAACUUUAGCUUAAUGAAGCAGUUUUGGUGUAUAGAACAUGCCCCUGCAGUCUCACUGCUCAAUUCUCUGCCAUUUAGGAGUUAAAUCAGUGAGACUUCAGAAACAUGAUCUAUACUGCUUUAUUAGGCUAAAGUUGUUUUGGUGACUAUACUGCCUAUUUAAGUUUCGCCUGUAUUUUCAGACUAGUGGGAUUUGUUAGGCAGUGAUUGUCCCCUCUGGGUUGUUAAAUAUGGUCCUGAGUUCAGCAUGAUGAUAUAUGAAGCCUAGUUACAUAGAGUUCAGCGUGAUAAUAUAUGAAGCCUGGUUACAUAGUUACAUAGAGUUCAGCGUGAUAAUAUAUGAAGCCUGGUUACAUAGUUACAUAGAGUUCAGUGUGAUAAUAUAUGAAGCCUGGUUACAUAGUUACAUAGAGUUCAGUGUGAUAAUAUAUGAAGCCUGGUUACAUAGUUACAUAGAGUUUAGCAUGAUAAUAUAUGAAGCCUGGUUACAUAGUUACAUAGAGUUCAGUGUGAUAAUAUAUGAAGCCUGGUUGCAUAGUUACAUAGAGUUCAGCAUGAUAAUAUAUGAAGCCUGGUUACAUAGUUACAUAGAGUUUAGCAUGAUAAUAUAUGGAGCCUGGUUACAUAGUUACAUAGAGUUCAGCGUGAUAAUAUAUGAAGCCUGGUUACAUAGUUACAUUGUAAUUUAGGUUGGAAAAAGACUCAAGUCCAUGAAGUUCAGUCUUUAGUCACAUCUUUUUAUACUGUUCAUCCAAAACAAGGUUAAAGGAACACUAUAGGGUCAGGAACACAAACAUGCAUUCCUGACCCUAUAGUGUUAAAACCACCAUCGAGUCCCCACCCCUUCCCCCCUAAAUAUAGUAAAAUCUUACUUUAAUUCCAGUCUGCUGCUGCUUGUUCUGCCGUGAUCUGCCUGCUUGGCUGACGUCAUCAGAAGUGAUCUUCUGAGCCAAUCACAAUGCUUUUCAUAGGAAAGCAUUGGAUUGCCUGAGAUCGUUAAGAAAGGCAGAUCAGAGGCAGAGCAAGCACAAGUCAAAUACAAAUCAAAGUGAGGAAUUAGCAACACGUAUAUAAUAUAAAGCGAGGAAUUAGCCACACGUAUAUAAUAUAAAGCGAGGAAUUAGCCACACGUUUAUAAUAUAAAGAGAGGAAUUAGCCACACGUUUAUAAUAUAAAGCGAGGAAUUAGCCACACGUUUAUAAUAUAAAGCGAGAAAUUAGCGACAUAUUUAUAAUAUAAAGAGAGGAAAUAGCGGCAUAUUUAUAAUACAAAGUGAGGAAUUAGCGAUAUUUUUAUGAUAUUAAGUGAGGAAUUAGCCACACGUUUAUAAUACAGUUGCAAGAAAAAGUAUGUGAAUCCUUUGGAAUGAUAUGGAUUUCUGCACAAAUUGGUCAUAAAAUGUGAUCUGAUCAUCAUCUAAGUCACUACAAUAGACAAUCACAGUCUGCUUAAACUAAUAACAUACAAAGAAUGAAAUGUUGCCAUGUUUUUAUUGAACACGCCAUGUAAACAUUCACAGUGCAGGUGGAAAAAGUAUGUGAACCCCUAGACUAAUAACAUCUCCAAGAGCUAAUUGGAGUGAGAUGCCAGCCAACUGAAGUCCAAUCAAUGAGAUGAGAUUGGAGGUGUUGGUUACAGCUGUCUUGCCCUAUAAAAAACACACACCAGUUCUGGGUUUGCUUUUCACAAGAAGCAUUGCCUGAUGUGAAUGAUGCCUCGCACAAAAUUGCUCUCAGAAGACCUACAAUUAAGAAUUGUUGACUUGCAUAAACCUGGAAAGGGUUAUAAAAGUAUCUCCAAAAGCCUGGCUGUUCAUCAGUCUACGGUAAGACAAAUUGUCUAUAAAUGGAGAAAGUUCAGCACUGCUGCUACUCACCCUAGGAGUGGCCGUCCUGUAAAGAUGACUGCAAGAGCACAGCGCAGACUGCUCAAUGAGGUGAAGAAGAAUCCUAGAGUGUCAGCUAAAGACUUACAAAAGUCACUGGCAAAUGCUAACAUCCCUGUUAGCGAAUCUACAAUACGUAAAACACUAAACAAGAAUGGAUUUCAUGGGAGGAUACCACAGAGGAAGCCACUGCUGUCCAAACAAAACAUUGCUGCACGUUUACAGUUUGCACAAGAGCACCUGGAUGUUCCACAGCAGUACUGGCAAAAUAUUCUGUGGACAGAUGAAACCAAAGUUGAGUUGUUUGGAAGAAACACACAACACUAUGUGUGGCGAAAAAAAGGCACAGCACACCAACAUCAAAACCUCAUCCCAACUGUGAAGUAUGGUGGUGGGGGCAUCAUGGUUUGGGGCUGCUUUUCUGCUUCAGGGCCUGGACGGAUUGCUAUCAUCGAAGGAAAAAUGAAUUCCUAAGUUUAUCAAGACAUUUUGCAGGAGAACAUAAGGCCAUCUGUCUACCAGCUGAAGCUCAACAGAAGAUGGGUGUUGCAACUGGACAAUGACCCAAAGCAUAGAAGCAAAUCAACAACAGAAUGACUUAAACAGAAGAAAAUACGCCUUCUGAAGUGGCCCAGUCAGAGUCCUGACUUCAACCCGAUUGAGAUGCUGUGGCAUGACCUCAAGCAAGCGAUUCACACCAGAUAUCCCAAGAAUAUUGCUGAACUGAAACAGCUCUGUAAAGAGGAAUAGUCAAGAAUUACUCCUGACCGCACGUCUGAUCUGCAACUACAGGAAACGUUUGGUUGAAGUUAUUGCUGCCAAAGGAGGUUCAACCAGUUAUUAAUUCCAAGGGUUCACAUACUUUUUCCACCUGCACUGUGAAUGUUUACAUGGUGUGUUCAAUAAAAACAUGGCAACAUUUCAUUCUUUGUGUGUUAUUAGUUUAAGCAGACUGUGAUUGUCUAUUGUUGUGACUUAGAUGAUGAUCAGAUCACAUUUUAUGACCAAUUUAUGCAGAAAUCCAUAUCAUUCCAAAGGGUUCACGUACUUUUCUUGCAACUGUAUAAAGCAAGGAAUUAGCCACGCGUUUAUAAUAUAAAGCGAAGAAUUAGCCACGCGUUUAUUAUAUAAAGCGAGGAAUUAGCGAUAUGUUUAUAUUACAAAGCAUGGAAUUAGCCACACGUUUAUAAUAUAAAGUGAGGAAUUAGCGACCUGUUUAUAUUACAAAGCAUGGAAUUAGCCACGCGUUUAUAAUAUAAAACAAGGAAUUAGCAACACGUUUAUAAUAUAAAGCGAGGAAUUAGCGACAUGUUUUUAAUACAGAGUCAGGAAUUAGCACACAUUUAUAACAUAAAGCCAGGAAUAAGUGACAUGUUUCUAAUAUAAAGUCAGGAAUUAGCCACACGUUUAUAAUAUAAAGCAAGGAAUUAGCCACGCGUUUAUAAUAUAAAGCGAGGAAUUAGCGAUACGUUGAUAAUAUAAAGGGAGGAAUUAGCGACGUGUUGAUAAUAUGAAGCGAGGAAUUAGCGACACGUUGAUAAUAUAAAGGGAGGAAUUAGCGACGUGUUGAUAAAAUGAAGCGAGGAAUUAGCAACACGUUGAUAAUAUAAAGGGAGGAAUUAGCGACGUGUUGAUAAUAUGAAGUGAGGGUCUACACUGCGGGUGGGCUGACCAUUUCAAUGUGGGCAGUUCUGUUAAUGAGCUUUGCUCUGUCCUCUUAUUCAUAGUUUACUAGUUGAUCCUUCUUUAUUUUUCCUUAGGCAACUCACUACAGCCUCCUUUCCUCGCUUGAAGUGCUGGGGAAGGUCUGUUUCAGCGCAAUUUCAGGACUCCUGGUUGACUAUCUGGGGGUUUCUGUGUCCUUCUCAUUGUUCAUUGUUUUCUCCUGUCUGCCAGUUCUACACCUACAGAGCACCCCGCCAACCCUCAAAUAACAGGUUUAUAUUUUCAAGCAGAACUACAGCCUCAAGACAAAUAUAUUUCUACAGGGUGUGUAUUUACUACAUAUUAGCCCAAGAUUGCUGGACAUUUAACUGUUAACUUUUGGAUACCUUAAUAAAAUUAUUCAAUAAAUACUGAAUACAAG